GAUGCGCUACUGCUAGGCAACGGCGGAAGUGGCAAAAAGAAGAAGAAGAAGGGAGGCGGUGGAGGAGGGCUGCGGCCUGGCUCAGAAUUCGGAGAGGCCGGACGGAGGGACUGAAGAGCCGCCGUCGUAGCCGCCCCCGCCCCCCCGCCACUGCUGAGAGGCCCCGUCCCGAGGAGGCAUCAUGGUAAGAAGACGGCGACUCCUGUGGGGAAGUGGGGAGCCGCUUCCUGUGAGGGAAAGGCCGGCCUGGGUCCUCUUGGGGGAGGGGCCACUGCUGAGGGGGGGGGCGGAGAAUACAGGUGUCACUCGGAGGGCUCAGGGGGGAGUUGUUGGUGCUCCCUGUCUGGGGUGAAAAGGGGACAGGCAGGGGUUACAGCUCGGGGGCGGGGGAGCCAGGUGCGGUGGCUGCUGGUAGGGUAAUCGGGGUGGUGGUGUCGAGGGGGUUAUUUGUGCUUCUGGCCAGGAUCGGGGUGGUGAGGCGGGGGAUAAAAGCCAGGACCCGAUCUGGUUCUGGAGCAGGGCUGGGUGCGGGAGAGAAAAAGUUAUUCGCACUCCCUGUCGGGUCCUGGAAGUGGGGAGGAGGGCCGGUCUGAGGCCUCCUGGGGGAGCGGCCACUGUGGGGGGGGGGGGAGAAGGGACCGGGGAGGAAAGAAGACUCCAGGUGUCACUUUCGGCGGUGACCUGUGCUUCCUGUCAGAAUCUGGGCUGGAGUAAAAAGUGGGGAGACGUUGUAGAUACGCUGGAGGGGGGAGUAGGAGGAGCCAUUUGUAUUUUUGGGGAGAUGAAUCGGGUCGUGGUGGCUUGAGGAGAGUGAUUUGUGCUUCCUGUCAGGGUCCGGGUUGGAGUAAAGAGAGGAAAGGGGCUGGGUGUGGCUCUGGGGGAGAGGCAAGGCCUGGGCGGGGGAAAUGGGAAGAGGGUGUAUCUGUCAGGAAGGGAAGUUCCUCCCCGUGUUGCUUUUUCUCCCCGCCCCACUGCAUGCUGAAGUGGUGGGGGUGGAGGAGAGAGAGAAAAGGACAGAUAGAGGACUGUAGGGUGCAGCUUGUUUUUGUGGUGACACCAUGUAGCCAAAGCUACAUGUGAAGGUGGAAGGCCAUGCAGGAGGCAGUGGUGGUGUUGAGGUCAAGAGGGCAAGUAGGAUGGCAAUGGCUGUGGCUGUGGGUUUAUUAGCUGGUGAGAAAGAAUAGUAUAAGAGAGAUGGGAUUGGGGGGUGGAGCUGGUGUGAGAUGCAGUGAUUGUUGGGGAAUACACCGAGUAGGCAAUGUUAGAAACUCAGAUACAUAAGCUAGGUGCCAAAUGGUGCCUUAAAUCUAGGUUACAGUAGCCGCAACAGAAUGUCUGUUUGCUAGCAUGUUGAACUAGAUGACACUUGGGGUCCCUUUCAACAUUACAGUUCUACAAUUCUAUGAUCUCAGCUACAUUGCUUGACUGUAGUUUGCUCUUAGAACAGUUCACUUGUCCCAGUAUGCAAGAAGGUGAAACGCACAACAGUGGAAAAGGUAUUAACUAUGGACUAAGGCAGAGGCUCUCCUGCCAACCUAGCAGUUCGAAAGCACGUCAGGUGCAAGUAGAUAAAUAGGUACUGCUCCAGCGGGAAGGUAAAUGGUGUUCCCGUGCGGUGCUCUGGUUCACCAGAAGCGGCUUUGUCAUGCUGGCCACAUGACCCGGAAGCUGUCUGCGGACAAACGCCGGCUCUCUUGGCCUAUAGAGUGAGAUGUGUGCCGCAACCCCAGAGUCAUCUGCGAGUAGACCUAACGGUCAGGGGUCCCUUUACCUUUAAGGCAGAGGCAUGAGUUCCAUUUGGGUGGCCUGCAGCACAGUGAAAUAUAUCUGUACUCAGCCCUGCACUGGUGAUAGGGAACUAAGAUGCCCAGCAAGGGAUCCAUGAUUCACAUGGCAACACAGAAGCACAUGACACUGGCUCAAUGGAGAUUUCAGUCGCUACCUGGCACCCAGAAAUCUCCACAUAGUCACAAUUAGACCACCUCCAAUAGCAAAAUGCACCUGGCUCCCAGGGUAUUUUGAACACCUUGAGUAGGAGACAACUGGGGGUUUCCAUGAGUGGGUGAAAAAUAACAGUAAAAAAGAAAAUUACCCAUAGCCUCCUUUACAUGAUAACAUGGUUGUAGACCUGACUGUUAGGCAGUUGCUUGUAAAUGGGAAUGACUUACCAAUGUAGUUUUAAAGAGGCAUCCUAAUUCUUCUUGCACUUGGAGUUUUCCUGACCAGGAAAUCGCUUGGAAAUCUUGGAAAUCGCUUCAGGUAGAGCAUUGGCCUGGUGUCGGUGAAACUACAGCUUACCUGUAGAAAGUGGCAGUGUGUUCCAAUUGUCUACAAUGUCUCUUCACUAUCUCAUAUCCCUUUCUUGGUCAACCUGGCACCCCCCCCCCAGAUGUUUUGGACUACAGAUUCCAUUAGCUGUGCUGGCUGGGGCUGAUGGGAGUUGUAGUCCAGAACAUUUGUUGUGGAGUGGGGGGAUGUUGACGAAGACUGUUGUAUCUGCUGGGCUCGGUCAAAGGAGUUUUGGUGGGAAACACAGGCACGGCUUGUCUCAUUGAGUCAUAAAGGUGGGGCAUUUCUGCAGUGACUGCUGUGGUUUGGUAGCUGUCACUGUGGUCUCUAAGACAGUAGGAGGACCUUGCGCUAGCAAACACCGUAUGGCACUCAGCAAAUGUCAUGGCUUUCCUCUUUCAAAGGGAGCUGUUGUAGUGUGCAUGAUCUCCUGGAAACCUGAGGUGGUGAUGGUGUGGACAGAUUGCAGAUUGGUACAAAAGUGUGCCAGCUCGUGCACAGGUCCCUUUGAAUGACUGGGCAAUCCAUGUGGCAAAUCUCUCUCAAGUUACUAAUUCAUUCUGUGUGAUGGCUUGCUCUGCGCAAUUAACUUAACUGUAUGGCUGCCCUUACAGAGAGCAAAAAAGGGCUCUUUAAUUAAGCUGCUUGCUAGUCUGCUAUAUGUGAAGUGGUCUUAUACAGAGCCAGACCCAUCUAGCGGAGUAUUAUUUAUUCUGACUGGCAGCAGCUCUCCAAGAUCUCAGGCUGAGAGUCUUGCCAGUGACUGACUUUAACUGAAGGCCCAUUAACUCCUUUAACUGGAGAUGCCAGGUGACAGGUCUUGAGCCUGAUAACACCUGCGUACAAAGCAAAUCUUCCUCCCUGAAUUUGGGGAUUAGGUUUGGCGGUAUAGAUUGGGGAGGAAGGAGCCAGAACUUCCAGUUGCUGGAAACUGGAUGUUUGUGGGCCUGCUGUUGGAACAUCUAGUUGCCCCCUCUGAGAACAGGAGGCUGGACUAGCUGGGCAACUGAUCUGAUCCAUAGGGCAUCUUCUCUCCUGUUCUUAUGUUCUGCUCAUGGUUAGGUAACCAGCUGUCAUUAUCAUUUUUUCAGUUAUACGUAGCUUUUUCACGUGUCCAAUACAGCUCACAACACAAACAGCUGUGUAACAGCAAAAAUAUACAUUGAAGCAUGUCAGUGCCUGAGUUGUGAGUAGACCUGUAGUCUGGAAAGUCUGUGUUAGGUGGAAAGAUAAAACAUCCUUUCCUGUCUCAUAUCUGCCAGAUUUAGUUCAAGAAACAAGCCUGUUUCUGUUUCAUAUAAUUUUGCACUAGUUCUGUUAUCACCUGUCCUAUAUGAGUAUACUUGGGCACACUGACUAACUUGUGGGGCUAACAAGCCUGUUAGGGUAUUUCCAUAUAAUGUAAAAAAUGCUAUGCAUUCAUUCCACCCUGCUAACCUCAAAGCUGGGUAUGUGCACAUUAAAACAUAAGAAAUGCCCUUCUGUUAGAUCAGGCCAAAUGCCCAUCUAUUCCAGCAUCCUUUUCACUCAGUGGCCAGGCAGGUGCCUAUGGACAUGAGUACAACAACGCUCUCCCCCAACAUGUGAUUCUUAGAAACGUUUUCAGAGGCAUACUUACUCUGUCUCCCUCAGAUGUGGGGGCAUGAAGUAUAUAGUCAUGCAUAAAAUAGUUAUGCCUACUGAUAGCACAAGCACUUGGAAUUGUCUGGAAAUGAUGCAUUUUCAUACCUAACAGUUGGCAUUCGGGGCAUGACGUUAACUUCAUGAUGCAGGGCAGAUCUUUUGCACAGAACCCGGGGCUGUUGGUAGUUAAUGGGGAAGUUGUCCUUUCACACACUUGCAUCUUCCUUGGGAUGGUGGCGGGCAGAUUGUUCCGGGAUCAGCCAGGUGUGUGCACUUAUGCUUACAGAAUUUCUGACUGCUGGGUACACAUAACAGAGGUGUACAUUUGUUCACUUACCUGAGUUCUGUUUGUGCAAACUUACAGACAUCCAGGGUACACAGGAACACUUGGCCGUGUUAGGAAGGGUUACAAGUUAAGUCAAACGUAGGCAGAUGUUGAAAUUUUACAGACCAUCAAAAUUUUAGGGGGGUGUCGUUUCAUUUUGAGGAGCAGGUAUGUCUGCCUAAUGCACUUUUUAAAAUAAAAAAGUAAAGCUUCCUUUUGUGUGAAUUGCUGGUGAGAAUCAAAUGCCUGGGUAAACAGGAACGUUUAUAGUCAUGAAAGUCAAUAAUGAGGGAGACAGACUUUCCUUGUUAGGGAGGGCAUUCCACAAAUGGGAAACCAACACUGAAAAGGCCAUAUCCUUGCUGACCACCAACUUUGGAAACCCCCUGUGGUGGUGUUACCAACAAGGCCUCAUCUGCUGUUUGUAGGGUUUGCAAUGGUGAGAAUCGGGAAGGCAUCUUUACUUGCAUCCCCAGCCUUUUAGGGAUUUGUAUGCUAGGACUAAUACCAAUUGAGCCCAGUAGCUUGCUGACAGCUGGUGCAGUGCUUCCAGGACACAUGGUCCAUUGACCUGCCCCAGUUAUUAGCUAGCAAUCAUGUUCUGUCCUAGCUGUGGCCUUUGGACCAUCUUCAAGAGCAGCCCACAUAGGAAGCAUUACUGUAGUCCAGAUGAUAGGUCACCUAGCAUGGACAACUGAGACCAGGCUGUCCCAAUCUAGGAAUGGCUGCAGCUGGUGAAUCAGCCCAACCUAGUGGUAAGUACUCCUAGCCACAGGAGCCCCUUGAGACUCCAGUGACACAUGGGAAUUCAGUAUUCCAAGAAUAUGAACCUGUGCCUUCAGGGGGACUGCAGCCCUGUAGGACAGGUCAUAAACUUAAUUCCAUGACCAAGACAUGGGAACCACCCAUGCACAGUAACUCCAUCUUAUCAGGAUUUAGCCUCAGUUUAUUAGUCUCCAUUCAGCCCUUCACUGUCCCUAGAUAACAGUCCAACACCUUCACAGCCUCUUCUGUCCAAUGGAGAGAGAGAACUGUGUGUUGUGAGCAUACUGGCCGCACUUCACUCUGAAUCCCUGGAUGGUAUUUCCCAGCUGUUUCAUAUAGAUCUCUAAAGCCAUAUUGCUGAGCAACCAACUCCUAGUCCUACUUUCUGGGAGCGACCUUGAAGGUAGGAGCUGAACCACUGCAAGAUAGUGUUUCCACCUCCCAGCUCUCUGUGUGGCUUCAGAAGAACACCAUGGUCAUUGGAAUCAAAAGCUGCCGAGGGGCCAAGGAGAACCAACAGGGUUGCACUCCCCCUUGCUCUUCCCUAAUAGAGGUCAUCAGGGCGACCAAGUUUAGUAGGUGGCAAACACCCUUACAAAUGGCAUAUUGCAAUAUUUCUCUCAUUGCACUGUAUAGUGGUUUCUGGUAAGCUUGUUCCACACUCCUAACCACUACCUUUUCUUUCUUUCUUUCUUUCUUUCUUUCUUUCUUUCUUUCUUUCUUUCUUUCUUUUAACUGAGUGUGCUAAGUCUUGAGCAUGACAGUUACCUGGUUUUGGCAUGCAUUUCUAGUAGAAGCAAUACGGCAUUCAUUGCCCAGGCAGUAAAACUUAAGCAUACAGUAUAAUGUGGCGCUUGUCUAUUUUUAGAGUGCUUGAUACUGUACUUGCCCAUAGGAAUGGCUCCUUUUGGAGGAGAUGGGGGCUGUCAGCAGGCGUUGCUUCUGUUUGUCUCCUCCUCCCCAGCUGACUUGGCACCCUAGAAAUGGAGAGUGAGGAAGUGUUCCAAGGAAGAGGCGCCAAGUCCCAUGGGUGUUCUCUGCUCCUGUCUAGACCAAGAGUGUAGUUACCCUAGUGUGGCAUAUUCAUUUUCUUCAUUAUUCUGCCUUUCAUCAGGUUUUUUUUAAAUAAAAAAACCUAUUAUUAUUUGUUUAUUGCAUUUAUAUCCCACCUUUUUCUCCAAGAAGGGUACAUGGCUCUCCUUCUUCUUAUAUAAUCCCCACAACAGCCCUGUUGGGUAGGUUAGGCUGAGAGGUAGUGACUGGCCCAAGGUCAGUGAGCUUUGUGGUCUAGUAGGGAUUCAAUCUGAGGUGUUCUAAAUAAAGCAGGUGGCCAUUCCACUUCUGCUUAAAAACUUCAAAUGAAGGAGAAUCCACCACCUUCCAUUCCACUGUAAUGUGCAGCUGUAGUCAAGUCUUGAUGUUCACAGGCUGAUAAUAGUGGCAAGACCAUCUCUGACCAGGGGGGAGCUGCUGUUGGUGUGCUAGCUGGCGAAAAGCACUUUGUCCUGUGAAUGUGCUGGCAGUGAUUGUCACAGUUGCCUUGGUGCGUGUGAAUUUUCAGUGCACAAAACAUCUUCGUCUGUACCAGUUCUUCUCCAAAGUGUGUGCUGGAGUACAACAAAGUACCUCAAAGUUGUAUUUGAGCAUUCACAGCAUUGCCUAUAAAGAAGGCUGCUGCUGCAACUCUGUGUGAGUCUUUGCCUUAAGUGUACCACUUCCCUUUGUUUGCCAGCUUUUAAUUCCACAGAAAUGUUUCCCAUUGAGUGUUGGGGGAGGGAUAGUACCUCUGGUGGGGGACACAUUGUGUGCUUGCAGAAGUACAAAAAAAAAACACACACUAAAAAAACCAACACUGGGGAAUUUUUUUAAGGGGACAAAGCCCAAAACUGCACAACAAGGACUGAGCAAGAGAUAGGCACACAAGCCAAGGUGUAUUAAGAACACCUGCUGUCUUUUCUUUGGCUUUUCCUAUUCUUGGCUGGUGUUGGAUUUAGGGCUUAGGUAACCAAGGUGGUGCCCUCCAGAUGUUGCUGGGAACUCCAGUUCCCAUCAGCCCUGCCCAACAUUGCCAGUAGCUAGGGAUUAUGGGUGCUGUAGUUCAGCAACAUCUGUGGAGGGCAUUAGGUUCACUAUCCCUUAUUUAGAAUGUUGGCCUCCAGAUUUAAGAGCAAUCUUGAUGGAUCAGAGCAAAAGUCCAUCAUCUUUGGUAUCCUAUUUCCCAUAGCAGUCAGGCGAAUGCUUCCAUCAGAGGCUGCAAGGAGGGCUCAGUGAGGUAAUAGCCCUCAUCAGCUCUUUGUCCCCAAACCUAGUAUUCAUAUAUGCUAAUAGCGAACUCAUUCCCAGAAUGUGGGUUGUGGAUGUUGUUAGACUCAUUAGCCUGCCCUUCGCCACAGGUGCCAGGGUGGGGUCAACAAUGUAAAAUAUAAUAUUAAAAGCAGCACACAAGGUAUUAGCAGCUUGAGGGAACCCUAAGUUCCCACAUUUCCAUCUGCAGUUAUAACAGAAAAAGUAAAAACAAAUGAUAAUUUAAAAAUCUGAUAUUAAUUAUUAAACUGCAUUAAUAUGAGCAUUCCAAAUAGGUAUCUAAAUGGAAUUGAUAGUUAUAAGCUAUGUGUUCAGACCUAGAAAGGACAGUGAGAUUUUAAAAUGGCUGGAUGACUGAUGGUGAACAUUUGUCCUUACAGUACAAGUCCCUUGGUCACUAUAACGGCUUGCAGAACCCACCUUUGCUGGCUAUUUGUUAGUUCCUAUGCCACAGAAGCAUCGGUGAAAAUCAAGGAUUUCCCAAGACAAAGUGAAUAUGAACAAUAUCUCCACAACACAUGCCCAGCACAUAAUAUGCCUCAAAAAGGCAUUUUCAGUGUUACACUGCCAACAUAUAUCUUAACUUACAAAAUUCUUUUGGGAACCUUGUGUUUAUGGGUCAUGUCAAAGUGGGUGGUCAGGAAUGCCUUUUACCACCUUAGGCUGGUCUUUCAGAAGAUAGAACUACUGUGGUCACUCAUGCUUCAGUAACAACCGGGUUGGGACUUCUGCUGCAGUGUGUUUCACAUGUGGCUAUCAUUUGGAAACCUCCACUGGCCUAGUAUGUGGCUGCCAGAGUAUUGGGCUGGGCAAAAUGUACUGUGCAUAAGAAGAACUUACCACUGGCCCAUCUUGUCCAGCAUCCUGUUCUCACAGUGGCCAACCAGAUGCCCUUGUGAGAAACUCUCAAGCAGAAUCUGGGCAUAAGAGCCCUCUCUCCUCCUGUGGCUUCCAGCAACAUUCAGAAGCAUUUCUGCCUCUGUGGAGGCAGAGCAUAACUCUGGUGGAAACACGGGUGUGACCUGUUCACUUGUGGUGCCACUGUUGUGGAAUGCCCUCUUGAAAGAAGCCUGUCUGGCUCUGUUGCUGGUGCUCUUCUGUAGCAGCACUGUUGAAAGCUAAAGUUUGUUUUAUUUUUUGUAAAGUCUUGGGUGGAAGCCUAGUCGGGUAAUGAAUUUUGCCUCACUACAGUUUGGGUUCUUUGCUGAUUCUCAUAAUGUGUAGUUCAAGACGGCCCCUAUAAGGAGUAUCAGUAAGUUGCAGAGAGCUCUCAGCAUGUUCCUAGAACUUCUUUUGCAAGAUUCAGUAAGGAGCAUAAGGAAGAACUUCCUGACAGUAAGAGUUGUUUGACAGUGGAACAGACUCUACUUCAUGGGAGGUUUUUAAACAGAGAUUGGAUAGCCAUCUGCCAGGGAUUCUUUAGCUGUGAUUCCUGUCUUGCAGGGGGUUGGACUAGAUGACCCUUGGGAUUCCUUCUAACCCUAUAGUUCUAUGAUUCUAUAAGCCUCUGCACAAAAGAAUUCCUUGUCACCAAUUGAAAAGUAGAGAGCACUUUUAAAUUUGAAUGUGGGUUCAAACCAUGCCCCUACUGCAGACAGGCCAAGCCAUUUUAUGGCCCAGGGGCCCAGUCCAUAGAAUAGGAUUACGCGCAUGGGAGCUGACAGAAAGCACUGUGAAUCUGAAAGACUGUUAUGCUUGUGAGCGCAACUAACCCACUAACCACAAUAAUGACUGGUAAAUAAGUCCUAAAAUUUCAGAACUGAAGCUUGUACGUUUGUCCCAAAUUGGUAAGAAAAACUAAAUCCUGAGGGAAGUGGGUGGUGUGGUGGUUUGAAACACUGAGUCAGGAUUCAGAGAGCUGUAGUUACAUCCAUGUUGCCUUUGUACUUUGAGGUGGUCCCUGCUGCUUCCCUCCUGGGGGGGUUGUCCAACUUUCAACUUGAGGAUGCUAAUUAAGUGAGGAGGCUGCAGCAAACUGCGCUUUAAAGCAGUGUCUGGGCAUGCUGGAGAAAUCGACCAAUUCCGUCCAGCAUCGUUGGUGUGCCCACCCACUUGAAUCAGGGUUCUGAAACAAGGAACAAGUUUUGAACUUGGAGUGGUCCUUUGCUUUAUGGAGCUCUUAACACAUUCCAGCUUUACAGAUGUUUGUGGCAUCGCUAGGGCUUCCAGAUCCCUUCCUAGCUAGCCCUGUACUACUCUUCCUAGCCAUAAAGCAGCUAGCUGCGUGUGGUACCUCCAGCUUGUGCAAUCAGCAGCACUCACCCAGGAUGUGUGAAGCAGCUGCCUCCUAAGACAAAUCUCCAUUCUGUUAUGCUGUGGACCGUAGCAUAUAUUUUUUGUAAAGGAGAACCACUGUGCAUGUGGACUAACCUUUCUCCUUGAAUCAUUUUGCAAGCAUGGUACAAUGUCUGAGCAAGCAAGAUGUGUUUAAGAAAGAUAGUGUGGGAACAUGGGUUUUUUUGAGGAUGGAAGCUCUCACGGUUCUAGUUAAUGGGGUUAAGCUCAAGUGCACCUCUCUGUGUGUUCAGUUGUACACAUUCUCUCUAGGCUUUAAAGGGGUUUUCUGCGUGGUACAUCCCAGGUUCCCCACCCUCGUUGCUCUUCUCUGUACCGUAUGCCGUGUUGAUGCUUGCCAAGCAUGAUUGACGACGGAACUGAACAAUUUGCACUUGGUUUCCUAGUCAACGGGUUAGCGGAGUUCCUCUUGAAAUGUUGGAAGAGGAAGCCAGAUGUCUUGCUUUUUAAAAAGCAAGGAGUGCAUGUGUGCGGAAAUUAAGAAUGGUCUGCUCAGUUAGGUCAUGUGUGACAGACCCAGGGAGUCUUUUGGGGUCUUUGAGGUGUUCGCUGCAUCUGAUUUAGUGAGACUCCAGGUGCUUAAAAAUGAAUGAGCCCUUCCUCUGGCGCUCCCAGCAGUGUGACGUAGGGGUUAGAGUGUUGGACUAGGGCCAGGGUUCUAAUCUUCACCUGGCCAUGAAGCUCAUGGGAUGACCUCAAGCCAUCCACUGCUUCUCAGUCUAACCUACCUCACAGGAUUGUUGUGGGGAUUAUAUGAGGAGAAAAGGGUGGGAUAGAAUUGCAGUAAGGAAACAGCUGCAUGGGGAGAGUGGCUAAGCCAAUGCCAACUGCUGCAGUCACCCCCCAGUUGUGAUAGUUGCUUGUUUUGAAAAGGAGGACUAGACAAAUUCAUAGUGCAAGGGAAGUCUGCUAAUAGGGAUUGGCUCUGAUGGCAAAGUGGAACUUCCAUGUUCAGAGGCAGGCAGAGUGUAUUGUUCCUCAGGGGAGAGGGAGGGACACUACCUUGAGCCAUUCUUCUCAUUUAUGUGCAUUAUCAUGCAUAUGUGCCUUGAGCUGAGGCCUGGCAUUGCCAACAGACUCGGGCAGAGUCCAUGCUCACCUUAAUACCUACUGCUCAUAGAUGUUUGAUACUGGAUUCAGAACCCGAGGGAGGCAUUGCUGUUCUUGUUCCAUGGCAAACAUUCUAAUCUGGCUCCCCAGCCCAUAACUUCCUCAUUGCUGUUUAGAAACUGCCUGCAAGUAACUUUUUAAAACCGCGCUGUAAAUGAAACCUCCCUGAUAUUUCUCUAGGGUAUCUGCUAUCCUUACCCCCGCCCUGCCCCGACCCCCAACUCUUUCCUUCUUACGCGGACUGUGUUACUGAGCUUGAAACUGAUCUCCAGCUACCUGCCUUCCCCAGUUUUAUUUUUUGCACACUGGUGCAUACCAGAAAUAGAAAAGUAUCUGGAGGACCAAUGUCUGUGGCUUUUUAGCUGGGCUCUCUUGCUGCGUCUCCGCGCUGCAGGCGUCGGAAAUAUAACCCUAGGCUUUGAGGGGGGAAGUCAAGAAAAGCCAAGACAUAAAUGGAACUGCGGGAGCCAAUGCCAGGCCAGAGAGUGCUGGUGGCAGUAAUAAGGUUUUGGCAGGGCCUGGAGCUGGUCUCUUAAUGCAGUGCCAGGGUGCAGCUGACAAUAAGAGGAUGGGCAUACAUUAAGCCUGCUGGCAACUGAUGCCUUGGCAGCUCUCCACACACUUCUCCUUCAUUUACUGGCACACUGGAGGGAGUUGGCAUUUUGGGGCACUUGUUUGGGCAAUUUUGGCUUACAUUAGGCUUGUGAGAGCUCUCACUUCCAUCCCCUUCCAAGUCUUCUGAACAAUGGAGGCUGGUUCACUACCUUGUCAACCUCAGCCACUCCCCCCACCCCACCCGGGCACCUACCUUCCUUCUUUCUUACAGUCUUUCCCCAUCUCUCAUAAUACUAGAACUCAUGAACAUCCAAUGUACAGUGGUAGAAUCAUAGAAUCAUAGAGUUGGAAUAGACCACAAGGGCCAUCGAGUCCAACCCCCUGCCAAGCAGGAAACACCAUCAGAGCACUCCUGACAUAUGGUUGUCAAGCCUCUGCUUAAAGACCUCCAAAGAAGGAGACUCCACCACACUCCUUGGCAGCAAAUUCCACUGUCGAACAGCUCUUACUGUCAGGAAGUUCUUCCUAAUGUUUAGGUGGAAUCUUCUUUCUUGUAGUUUGGAUCCAUUGCUCUGUGUCCGCUUCUCUGGAGCAGCAGAAAACAACCUUUCUCCCUCCUCUAUGUGACAUCCUUUUAUAUAUUUGAACAUGGCUAUCAUAUCACCCCUUAACCUCCUCUUCUCCAGGCUAAACAUGCCCAGCUCCCUUAGCCGUUCCUCAUAAGGCAUCGUUUCCAGGCCUUUGACCAUUUUGGUUGCCCUCCUCUGGACACGUUCCAGUUUGUCAGUGUCCUCCUUGAACUGUGGUGCCCAGAACUGGACACAGUACUCCAGGUGAGGUCUGACCAGAGCAGAAUACAGUGGCACUAUUACUUCCCUUGAUCUAGAUGCUAUACUCCUAUUGAUGCAGCCCAGAAUUGCAUUGGCUUUUUAGCUGCCGCGUCACACUGUUGGCUCAUGUCAAGUUUGUGGUCAACCAAGACUCCUAGAUCCUUUUCACAUGUACUGCUCUCAAGCCAGGUGUCACCCAUCUUGUAUUUGUGCCUCUCAUUUUUUUUGCCCAAGUGCAAUACUUUACAUGGUACCUCUGGAUGUGAACGGGAUCCGUCCUGGAGCCCCGUUCGCAUCCUGAAGCGAACACAACCCGCGUCUGUGCGGGUCACAAUUCGCUGUGCAUGCACGUGACGUCAUUUUGAGCAUCUGCGUGAGCGGCAAACCCCGGAAGCAAUGCGUUCUGUUACUUCCGGGUCACCAUGGAGCGCAACCCGAAAACGCUCAACCUGAAGCUACUUUAACCCGAGGUAUGACUGUAGUUGAAUGUUGGAGGAUUCAGGGCAAACAAAAGGAAGGACUUUGUCACAGCACUAAAAUUCAUGGGAGAACAAGGCUAUAGGUGGCUACAUGAUGGCUAUUCCCUGCCUCCACAACUUGGAGGCAGCAUUGCUUCUGAAUAAGAUUUGAUGGAAACUGCAGCAGGGCAGGGUUGCUGUUGUGCUCAGGUCUUGCUUUGGGGCUUCCCAUUGGGGCAUCUGGUUGGCCACUGUAAGAUCAGGAUGUUUGACUAGAAAGGCCAGUAGCCUGAUCCAGCAUCCAGACUCUUCUACUGUAACACCAGGCCUUACUUCACAGGGCAGAAACAAGAUCUCAGGUUCAGUAUUGGCUCCUUGGGUUCAAGGCUGUUGUAAGUCUUGGGCCUCUCUGUCUGUUUGCUUUUGGAGGGUUGGGCCAGUUAGGAGUUUGUGAUAAACUUCUUGGCAACUUCCCAGAACAAGCUUUGUUUCAAGCUAACAUUGCCUUUAGUUCUACUCUUCCCUUGCCCCCCUCUGAGUUUUGUUUUGCUUGCCUGCCAACAGAAGAUCAUAUCAACACCCCAGAUGUAGAUCUGUAAAAUACCAGGUGGAUGAGGGAAGAGGCACAGCAGCUGCUUCUAAAGUCCUUUUUAAAAAAGAAGAGGGAGGGGGUCAAUGUAGCUUGAGGACUGUAUGUGGGAUAGGUGCCAAAUGAGGAGCCCAGAGGGGUCUGUUGCUACCCUGUGUUGAGAACAGAGCACGCUGGACCCAUUCUCCUAGAGCUGGAUUUAGAAUAAUGGGCUUUCUCUGUACUAGCAUGGACUUUUUCCUCAACCAGAAUAGCUUCCAACUUCCUUUCAGCACAGGCGAUCCAGUUUACACUGUGCUCUUCUUUUUUUGUGAGCAGAUGGAAGUUUAUAAAUCUAUUAUUUUUAUUUAGAGCAUUACUAUCCUCCUCUUCAGCCAAAAGGGCUUUCAGAGUGGCUUAGGUGCAUUCAAUUAAAACAGGACAGUCCCUCCAUGCUGACAGUCUAAAAGGAACAUGACACACAAGGGAAAAGGGACAGGGAGGUAAGAGGGGGGAAAUCAAACUCAGACCACCAGUUCUUAAGCUGCUGUUCUUAUAAUGACGAGCUGGCACAGUUUGGGGGCAGGAGAUGCCUGAUGGAGCUGGGCUUUUGGCAAAGCUGAUGGAACGAGCCCUUCUUCCAUUCUGUCUGAUUGAGGCCUUCUGAUGGAAUGGCUGCCCUUAGAUGACAGUUGAGGAAGAGGAGGCCUGAUGGAGCUGGCCUGUCACACAGUUGGAGAAGUUCCUCUGUUGCCAUGAACAGGGACCUGAUGACAACAUGCAAUAGUGUGUGUGCGUGUGCCACUUCUGAUGUAGCAGCACAGAAUGCACAGGAGGUGCCUGACAGCCCCUGUUUGUGGUUUUAGAUGUGUAGAGGUGUGAGGAGGAAAGGAUUAGUGCAAUGUCAGCUGCUGUUGUCACAGUGGCACAGAAUCCGGUCUUACCAGCCUUGUAGAUAAACUUACACAGUUGUUAUUAGUUCCAGGGAAUGAGUGCAAGAGUUUGCUCGCCUCGCAUCCUGUUCUCACAGUGGCCCAAAAAGAAGCCAGCAAGCAGGUCCUGAAUGCAACAACAGCACUCUUUCCCUGCUUGUGGCCAGUGGUAUUGAAUUGACUGGUGAAAACCUGAUCCUCUCUCUGUGUGUGAACUCCCAAAGUGAGCUAGUAUUCCUUUUAGCAUUCCUCGUCCAAGUAUAAUCCCCAACUUUUUCUUUUUCUUUUGAAAAAAGACUCAGUGUUUGGAAAACAAAUUUAUAGGGAGACUUCGUAAAGUUAAUCCUGUUCUUGUAAACACAUCCGCUCUGGCAGGUGGAAGCUCUGACAACAGAGCUUCCACCCUCGACAGCCAUGGUGGUUAAAAGCUGUGAGUGGGAAGGGGAGCCGAGGCUGUCUCUGCCACAGCAGGGCUGAACUGGCUAAUGUCUGCUGAAGUCUCUGGGCAGCCGCCACUGCUACGCUUACGGGUAGUAUCGUAAAUCUGUCCCAGGCUUUGUAAGAAAGCCAAGCCAACCAACCAGAGGGGAUACAAACUUCCUCUGUCCUGAGACUUAGCGGAAAUGGUGGGGAGGCAUCCAUAUUUUCAUUUUAGCUGCAAAUCAAAACAGUCUCUCGUUCAGCUCUCCUUUGCGUGGGGAGUAAAUGCACAAAUCUCUAUAUUGCAGGAUUUUGCUGCAAAACGAAAUUGAUUGCCUUGAGCCCCAGGUCUUGUACCUCAGCUGAUGCCUACCCAGAAACAACAUUCUUGUGUGUGUGUGUGUGUGUGUGUGUGUGUGUGUGUGUAGGUGUUGUCAGUUUUCAGGCUUGCCAUGGUGUGAAGCCAAACUUUAGAAUAGUGGUUCCCAAACUUUCUCAGGCCACUGCCCCCUUGGGUUCAGUGUCAGAUAUGUAAGCUAAUCGCCAAAUGGCACCUUAAGCUUAGGUUACGGUCACCAGCACAGUGUUUAGGCACCAUCCCCCCCCCCCCCAUGAUGAUGAUGAUUUUUCAUUUCUAUACCGCUUUAUAUAUAUAUAUAUAUUAAAAAACUUGUUUUAUAACAUAUUAAAACAUCAAAUAAAGCAGUCCAGAAUAAAGCAAAUUCAAGCUUCAGGGAAAAUAUUUCAGAUCCUUCUGUAAGUGACAUUUGGCUUUCCCCAUAUUUAUUUACCUACUUGAUUUAUACAGCUGCCUUGUAGAAGAAGUGGUCUAGUAUAGUGGUUAGUGUGUCAAGCUAGGACCGUGAAGAUCAGUGCUCAAACCUCCACUCAGUCAUGAAGCUCACUGGGUGACCUUGGGCCAGUCUCAGCCUAACCUACCUCAUAGGGUCAUUGUGGGGUUUAACUGAGGAGGGGGUGAGUUAUGUACUUCUUGUAGGAAAGGGUGGGAUAUAAAUGCAAUAAGUAAGCUGUUCUACUUACCUGCUUAAGAAAGCUGGAGGGGGUAGCCAGAUGAAGAUGUCAGUCGCCAACCCAGCAUCCAGAGAUCGCCACAUGGUAGUAAUUGGAUCAGUGCCAAUUGCAAAAAAGCGCCUGGCACCUUGGGAAUUUCUAACACUGCUUGGGUUCCAUAAACUCAUUCCCAGUAUAUUGGUUUGCACAGUCCGCUAAGGAACAUAAUUGACACAAUAAAAUUCAGAAGUGUAUCUGUUAAUUGCAUGUUUAUUCAAAGUCCAAUUCAAUAAAAUGGGUGAACCUGAUCUAGUAAUACCAGUUUUUCAAGGUCAUCAGCAUUUCACUCCCCUUGCCUCUUAGUGCCCAUCUGGGUAAUCCCACUGCACCCCCCCCCCCAGUUGUAGUACUGCCCACUUUGGGAACCACUGGUAUAUAUAUCUUACACAUCCAGGUAGUGUCUCUUACAUGCUUGUUACAGCCAGACCAGACUGUAUGCUUUUUUUAAAUGUUAUGUUGGCUGCCUGUUAACUGUCACAGUAAGGGACAGAAACUUGGUUUGAAAGCUGAGAUUCUUAAGACGGUGGAUUUACGGCUUCUGCAGAAAUGUGGCAUGUGCACACACCAUGUGUCUUGUUGGGGCUUAUUUCUAUGCAGCAUCCCAGUCUGCAUGUCGAUGCCAUUUCCUUCCUCUCUUUAGUGGCUGCUAAAAUAUCCUGGCUUCUGCAAAAUGCAGUUGCUAUGAAUGCAAAUUGCAUGCAGUGGGGUUUCUUUUUUUUGUAGCAUUCAUUUGAAACACAGUAUUUUAACUUGCUUUGCCUUGAUUGAAUGCUUUUACUGCAGCCAGUGGAUCAAGCAACCGUUUUCCCCUCUGCUUCUUGUCUUUCAAGUUCUUAGAUUAUUUGUCUCUUUCCCCAUCCCCCCCCAUCAAAUAUCAGCUUCUCUAUACACAUAUAUUCCAGGAACAAAGCGUAGCUGCUUUAAUAAAAUGCUGAUAUUUUGCUGUGAAAGUUUCUGGCACUGUAUUUUGGGGGGUGGCUUGUGGCUUAUGCAAGAGGGAGCAUAAAACAUAAUUUUCAAGCUUCCUGCUUAAUAAGCCAAUUCGUUGAGUUCAUGCUUGUCUACUGAUGCCGUUCUGAACUGGGCAGUGACCUUCUUUGGUCAUGUUCCUUGCUUGGAAUUCUACUCUGUCAGAUAUUUAUCUGGACCAUGGAUAAAAGCAGCACCAAAAUAAAGUAUUUAUCUUACUUUAUUAUUUUAUUUAGAGCUUUGGUAUCCUGCCCUUUGGCCAAUUAAAACAAGAGAGACUUGCAGGCUUAAGAUCGGAAAAGCACAACACAAAAGGGAAGAGGGGACAGGGAAGGCAGAGGAAGAAACCAAACUGGGGCAUCAGUUUUUAAAUAGUAAUUUUUUUAUAAUGGCUAGCUGGCAUAGAAACAAUUCAGGGGGCAGUCGCUGACCUUUCAGCAAAGCUGAUGAAAGAAGCCCUGCUUCCCAUCCCUCCCUCUGAGGCAUCCUGGUGGAAUGCAUUAUGACCACAAACCUGUUCACUAGUGCCCUCUGACAUGUUGCUUUCCAAACAAGAAGAGAGCGUGUCUGUGUUCCAAGGUUUUUGCCGCCUAGAAAUAGACAUGAGGGAAACAGAGGAUGGAAGGUAAGGGAGGCAGGAGUAAGGAGGGGAAGAAAGUAUAUAUACACUAUUUCAAUUACAUGUACUUAGCCUUAGUUACAAUAUCUUGUUUAAGAAAUGCCCAUAAGCCAUGUGCAUAAAACAGGAAAACAAUCACCAGUGAUAUACAGAUAAAAUCAGUAGAUUUUUUUUAAAAAAGCAAACAAAUAUAUGUAACUAAAUUAUAGGCUGGCUGAAAUAAACUGAAUUGCAGGCAUCUAAAAUAGCACAAGAAAGGAGCUUUGCUGAAUAUUAGUAGGCAGGGAAUUCCGAAGACAUCUCACAAGAACUAACCAACAGAUGUGGGCAGGACUAGGGAGCGUCAGGCCCAAGGGCCAUAUGUGGUUCCCAAGGCUUCUCUGCCUGGUCCUCAGGGUUCUCCCCAGGGCAUGCCACUCACUGACCCUCUAUCUGUGGCCUCUGUGAGUGCUUUUGCCUGGCUGGACUGUAUCCUUAAAGCUGUGGUUAUGCCAGUUGCUUGCUUCGAUGGAAGCUGGAAAUAUGUGUGGAAACUUUCAGCUUUUAUGUGAUUGGAGUGUAGUGUGUGCUCUACCAAAAGAAAUCACAUCCAUUCUUCUGGCUAUUUUUGCUUCUGACCACAGCCAUCACUGGCAUGUGGCCCCUGGAGGGUUCCCCAUGAUAGAAUGUGGCCCUCAGGUUAAAAAAGGGUUUCCCACUCAUGCACUAGGGAUGUUUGGACAAGUCUGUAUGCCAGGUAGGUCAUCACAUAGCAGGCCUUCAUAAACACACAAAAUUGUGUUCACAGUACAAAUACUGCAAUCCAUACAACUGAGUCAUAACCUGCUGCAUGACAAUCAAGGCAACCUUGGUGCUAUCUUGCUGCUGCAGAGGCAUAGGAAACCUUUUUCAUUCUGUUUUGCCAGUAAGUAGUUGAUGAUUUGUUGGCUGGACUAAGUUACACCCCCCCCCCAAGCUAUGAGGGCAGAGACAUGUUCAGGAAAUGCCCCUGGCGAAAGCAUUAAUUGCUAGCCAAACAUCUUAGUAAAAUGCAGGGGAGAGAUGCAGUUCCUCCCCCUGCUUAAGCUAUUGAUGUCACUUGUUCCUUCCUCCUGACGCCACGCUUAUUGGGUAAUGGAUCCUUCUUUUUGGUCAAGUUUAUAGUCCGUGGGUCUCCUUGGCACUGGAUGAAAGCAGCCAAAUUGCACAGUUACGGUUAAUGACAAGUUGUACAAAUAAUCAACAUCCCUUCUGUUAUGCAGAAGAUAAACAGAAACACAGAAGAUGCAGGGUCAAAGAGAAUGGCGUCCUCUCUCCCAACCUCAGCCUGUCUAGAGUGAGCAUGUAGCAUAAAAUUCUGGUCUGGGGCUGUGGGGAGAUAUUGGCUCUGGGGAGAAUUUCUCUGUUUUGGUCAGCAGAUUUUGGCCACUGCUGGAACGUCAAAGGUAACAUUGUUCUUACGUUCCCUCUACAAGACAAUGCACAAGCCAUAUUUCAUCUGAAAGGGAAGUUCUAAAAUCUACUGUCUUUUCUUAGAACCAACCAAAAUGUCACAAAAUAGCGAACAAUUCGAUUCAGCUUGGAGAACUCUUCAGGGUUUCAGAAAGUAAAUGUUGGAUUUGUUGUCAAAUGUUAUUUAGGAAGUUGUAGCAUAUUGUUAUACCUUGUGUACACCCGUGUGUGUGUCCUCGGGCAUACAGUUUACCCAUCCUUUGUGCCUCCUGGGGUGUUCUCCAAAACUCAAACAUUUGCAUGCUUUUGUAGCAAGUUGACAUCGAUCUGGCGAUAAAAAUGGUGUUUGACUCUGUGACAGCCACAGCUUUAGACAGCAAGUGCUUUCACUGCUGUUAUGUCCUUGAAGUUGUUUCUCUCCUUUGUAAAAAGAGAGAGAGAGAGAACUUUACACAGAUAGCCCUGAAUUUUUCAGUCUUGUAGGAUUCACGGAAAGCAAAGCAAGAAUAUAUUAAGUAGAAGGGGAGCUGGUAACAAAGCAGAUGUCAGAGUGAAGAUCCCAAGGAGUGAAAGCAUCUUUGCAGGAGGUUUAUUAAAGGAGAUUUACCUUGGCUGAGGGUUCCCGUUAGCUCUAGGCUCUCAGAUCUCUCCAUCCUGGAGUGACUGGAAUUGUAAAAUAAGAAGUUCAUUUAGAACUUCCCCUCUGCACUCCCCACUCCUGUCACGGCAGUUCGCUCCUGGGGUGAAGAUGCGAGCAAUGGAAAAUUGCCCACAUGCUCUGAAAAUCCCAAAGCUUUGGAGAUCUUGGCUUGCUUUGCAGCCCACACUGGGAUUGGUAUGCAGAGCUCCGCAGUUGCCUUUUUGUGGAGCAAAGGGUUGUGUUUUCUUAUUCCCUGCACUCUGGGGCAGGAGGAAAUGCCCCGACAGGCCACGGUGUUAGUGGGUAAUGCAAGCAUUAAGUCCAGUUCAGUUUCUGUUGGCAGGUGAGGGCGUGUUCAGAAACUCUGUGUGUGUGCUGGGCAGGGGAAAGGUCAAAAUUAUAUAUCGGAAGGCAACCCAAGAGUGAACCAUAGUCAAGGCAGUUUUGUAAUUGAAAGACAAUUUGUGGUUUUCUCCAUUCAGGGCUUCAGUGUGCCAUGAAUGGCCAGAUAUGUGUGGUCAUGAAGAUUAGUAACUUUGGAGACUCACUUGCAAGACUGAGGAGAUCCUAAUUUUGCACCAACAACAGAAAUUAUUUCUGUUGAAAUAACGCAAAUUUGAGUAGUUUUACUUGAGUUACAGAACAGCUCCCCGCCGUGUCCCCACAGUAGUCAUGGGCGAUGGCACAGAGGUCCCUGAAGCCCAACUUCUUAACUCACCCUUCUUGCUUCAAAUAAUGAAAUAAGAAAUAAUGGGGAAGAAAACUUACAGAAGAGUGCACAUUGGAUUGUGUGCAUUACAUGCCUUUUCUUCCUUGCCAUUCAGCAUUGUCACUGAACUGCCUUGUUCUUGUCUUGUGUUGAUGCUUGAUGAGCUAGAACUGGGAGGGGGGGGAACACAUUUUGCUAGACGCCAACUACCAUCAUCCUUUCUGACCACUGGCCAUGCUCCCCGGGGCUGAUGGGUGAUAGGGUUCAAGAAUCACAUAGGUGCCUGACCCCUAGGCUAGAAACUUGAAAUGCUCUUGGGCUUGCCAGUUGGAAGGUCCCAGCUUCUGCCAACCUAGCAGUUUGAAAGCAUACCAGUGUGAGUAGAUAAAUAGGUACUGCUAUGGCGGGAAGGUCGACAGUGUUUCUGUGCACUCUGGCUUCCGUCACGGUGUUCAGAAGCAGUUUAGUCAUGCUUGCCACAUGACCCGGAAGCUGUCUGUGGACAAGCGCUGCCUCCCUCAGCAUGAAAAUGAGAUGAGCGUCACACCCCAUAGUCGCUUUUGACUGGAGUUAACCGUCCAGGGUUUCUUUUUAUCUAGUUAGUUUAGACAGUCCUGAGCUAGAUGGACCACUGAAUGUGACUUGGUAUAAGGCAGUUUCCUCUGUUCCUAAGAUCUUUCUUCCAGAGAUCUUAAGAGAGCUACUGCCAGUCAGUGUUUACAGCUCUCAACUUGAUGGACCAGCAACUUCCUAUGUUCCUUAAAUGUCUGUCUUCCUGAGAUAUGGGAGAGCUUCUGGCAGCCGAGGGUAGGAACAAUAUUCAGCAGCUCUAGUUAUGUUCCAGAGUCUGUCCAGAGAUCUGUGUAGGUGGCAUGAAAAUGCACUGUAGCCUUGGGCAGUCUUGAAGUUGAACUCACCUGUGAUCCAGCCCUGUAGCACCACAUCAUUAAUCUUUAUGAGCGAUGUGUAACACUUUUUCUCCCAACCGAAAUUCUGAGUCAUAGGAAAGUGCUUAAGGAAGCAGCCAGUGAAGUUUGGUGUCUCCUUUCCCCUUCCACUCCUUUUUUAAGCAAUUCCAGCUGGCAAUGGUGGGGCAAGCUGCUUCCUCUGGCGUUCUCACGAUCCUGAAGCAGAGACCCUGACCUGGCAACUGUGUGCUCGCUUUCUGAAGCUGUGUUGCAAGGAGCGGUGGGGGGCAAUGACAGUAUGUGGCCAGAAGGAUCCUCUUUCUGGGGUCAGCUGCUAGUUGCAUCUUCCUAUGCCAACCUAAACAGUGUUUUGGUUUGGGUUUGUUUUUCCUUUGUGAGGGGAUGAGCAGUGUUGUAAACAAAAAUUGCCCUUUUCCCUUAUAGGGUAUCCAAGAGCCCAUAUAGAGUCCUUACAUAGGUUCCCUAUUGGUAGGAGAAAAUAACAGAGGCCAACCAGAGAAUAUUGAGAAGCAAAGCAGCUAGUAAGCUUGAUCUUUAUUGAUCUGUUGCAUCAGGGUGCUCCCCUCACGUGCAGGAAAGGAGGAGGACCCAGAAAAAUAGUGUGCAAGGCCUUAUAAAGACUUUUGAAAUUGCCACCCUGUAGAUCAAGACCACCCCCAGAAACAUCAUACAUACAUCACAGAAGGGGUGUAACCUAAGACCACCCCUCAGAUACAUCACACCUACAUCACAUAAAUUUUAAUAUUGUUUUUCUCCUGUCUGGCAGGUUACUUGAUUGGAUUUCCUGGGUAGCCUGGCCAGUCUUUUGUAAUGAUAAAUACUUAGUUCCUGGGCCAGGUCACAGGCUCACACCCUAUUCAAACAGACAUAUCCUUAAGACAGGAUUUGUGAAGGAAAAGACAAUGGAGAGGCUUUUCCAUUUUGACCUUGCAGAGAAAAGAUUUGGUCAGUUUAGGAAUCAAAAUGGUUCCAGGUUGGCCUUCCUGUGCUGAUCUAUGUAUGUGCUUGGUUGGUACACUUAUGAACAUUACCAUAUAUCUAAGACCAUAAAAUUCCUAUCACAGAAGGAAAGAGGGUAGAGCAGGGGUCAGCAACCUUUUUCAGCCGUGGGCCGGUCCACCGUCCCUCAGACCAUGUGGUGGGCCGGACUAUAUUUUUUUAAAAAUAAUGAACGAAUUCCUGUGCCCCACAAAUAACCCAGAGAUGCAUUUUAAAUAAAAGGACACAUUCUACUCAUGUAAAAACACACUGAUUUCCGGACCGUCCGUGGGCUGGAUUGAGAAGGCGAUGGGGCUGCAUCCGGCUCCCGGGCCUUAGGUUGCCUACCCCUGAGGUAGAGCAAAAUGCUUUUCUGCAUCUGUGCUAAGUAAAAAGUCCAGGCUCCUGAAUUUGGAAUUGCUUCUGCAGGUAGCUUGCUUGCAUACAGGCCCUGGAUUUUCAUCUAGUUACGAAGAGUGACUCCGAACCAAGUGGUUCAAAUUGUCUUCUAAGGCAUGACCUGGAGGCUUGAACACUAGAGGGCAGGUGAUGUGGUUUGUUUUCUUUGUCAUGCAAGCCAUAGUUUAUUCUGAUGUAUGAAAUGGGAAGCUGUGGCUUGCUGUUAUCCUCCAAACCAGAACUGUAAACCAUGGAUCUGCUACGUUACGUUACGUUACAUUACAUUACAUCUGCCUCCACAAUUGGAGGCAGCAAUGCUUCUGAAUACCAGUUUCUGGAAGCUGCAGGAAGGAAGAGUGUUAUUGUGCUUGAAUCCAGAUUUGUGUGUUUCCAACAGGUAUCUGGCCGCUGUGAUUACAGGAUGCUUCACUAUAUGAGCCAUUAGCCUGAUCCAGGAAGGCUUUUCUUAUGUUCUUUAUAUUCUUAUUUUAACAAGUAUUAUCCCACUUUUCCUUCAAGGGCUUAAGAAAAGAGUAAGUGGUUCUCUUUAUCCUCAGAACCAUGUUAUGAGGAUAAAGGCUGAAAGGAAGUGACUGGCCCAAGGUCUCCCAGUGAACUUCAUGGCUAAGUGGGGAUUUGAACCAGGUGUCCCAGGUCUUAGUCCAACACUCUAAUCACUACACCACACUUGGCUCCCCGGAGUUCUGGCCUGGAGUUUGCUGAUUCAGACAUUGUAAGCAGCUGCAGGUUGUGUAAAAUAGGAAACUGAAAAUGACGCUCAGGGUUGUGGGUGGGGAGAAACAAAAGCUUGUGGUUUGAUGACAGCUGGGUUGAGACAAACCUCCAGUAUUUCCCCUUUUAUUGUUCUUUAUAUUUACUAAUUUAUUUAGAAAUUUUUUAAUAUCUUGCCAAAAAAAGGCUCCCAGAGCAGUUUAUGCAUCACUACAAAAAGCAGGCUGUCCGUGUCUUUAGGCUUACAAUCCCAAAAGGCUUACAGCACAAAAGGAAAAUGCACUGGGAGGGAGGAGGAAAUAAACUCGGGGUAAAGUUCUUAGGUUCUAAUGACCAGAUGGAUUUACUUAUUUUUUGAAUUGUAGAUAACUUUUUAUUAUAUUUUUAAUACUGACAGUAUACAAGAAACUACAAUGACCAUUGUCAAAUAUCUGCUUAUUGCUGUGAAAGGCUAGGACUCCUCUGUGGCAUAUUUCGUUUCUAGCAUUUCAAACUGCCCUCCCAAAAUUGCUAGCCUGAUUUCCCGUCUGGUCCUCUGUCAUUUUGUGGCACUUUGAGAAUCACUCUGCAAGAGUUUUCCAUAGCUUAGUGGUAGUGCAUCUACUUUGCUUUCAGAAAGUCUCAGGUUUAAUCUCUGGAUAGGAUUGGGAGACUCUUCCUGUCUGAAAACUCCGGGAGCUUCUGCCAGUCAGUGUCUGAUUAAGUAUAAAGGCAGCUUCCACUGCUGCUGUGUUCCUGCUCACCUGCAGGCAAUUCUUGCUCUUCAUAGGUGAAUUACUACUACAAGCCUGCCUUUUGCAGCAGUAAAAUCCAGCUAACGGCACUCUUUCCCCCCUGCUUCUCCAAAUAUAUUUUAAGACAUUGAAGCAAGUACCUUCUAACAAGUUGCUACACAAAAGAGUGAAGAGGCGGGGGGAGGAAGAGGAGAGGGGGAAUUGUUUUUAUAUUUUAUUCCACCUCUCCACCAGUCAGCUGAAGGUGGUUUUCAUUAAAACAUAGUGAAUAUAAACAUGUAAAGGAUUUGUGUCUGUGCUUGCUGAUUAAAAAUCUGAGGACUGGUAACUUGUUUUCAAGACAAUUGCAACCUGUUCUGUACAGUUGGUCAAAAGUAUCCCCCCACCCUCAACUUCAGGCGCCCCCAUAGGGCCCACCUUCCGCCAUGUCAGCAUUUGUUUAUUUGGCCUGUCUGUUUUGAGAGUGUGCAAGUGCUGCAUGGUCUGGGGGUGUGUGUGCGCGGGUGUGUGUGUGUGUGUGCUGUGACCUCUGAAGAAUUCAUACCUAAGAAUCCGUUCCCAGGCUCCAUCCAUGGUUGGCAUUUCCAACUCCUGCAAAGGAGGAAGCACUGACACCGCUUGCUAAUGACAGGUGGUGCGCUGGGAGCCCUUGGCGCCACAAAACUGUACUGAGGACAGUUUGCAGGCACAUCUUUGGGGCUCUGUGUUCUUUCCUGUUGAAAUGGGGGGGGGGGGAGAGAAGUGCACAGCUCCCAGCCUUGCUGCUCCCUGCAAGUGUGUGCUGCCUCCCUCUCCCUGCCAACAUCAACAGAAGUUGUCUUCCCUCUGGAUGUACUCUUGCAGCAUAAAGUUACACUAUUCUGUCACUGUCACAGGCUGUGUGCCUCUGAAAACCAGUUACUAGGGUUUGACAAAUUGCAAGAGAGAGAGAGGUGCACACGUUGCACUUGGGUCCUGCUUGUGGGCUUCCCUUUGGGUCCAGUGAUAGAAACUCAGAAGAAGCUAGGCGCCAAAUGGUUGCUUAAACCAGGUGAUAGAAGCUAGGCGCCAAAUGGUUGCUUAAACCAGGGUUACAGUCACCAAAACGGAAUGCCUAGUUGCCAUUUUUGGCCAGGCGGCUCAAAAGUCAUACAGUCAUAUCUCGGGUUGAAUGUGCUUUGGGAUGAGCGCAUUCAAGUUGCGCUCCGCGGCAAGCCGGAAGUAACGGAGCGCAUUACUUCCGGGUUUUGCCGCUUGCGCAUGCGCAGAAGCGGUGAAAAGCGACGCGUGCGUGCGCAGACGUGCCCUCGCUGGUUACGUUUGCUUCUACAUGCGAACGGGGCUCCAGAACGGAUCCCAUUCGCAUCUAGAGGUACCACUGUAUUUUCAACAUGACUUUUGGGUCCCUGAAAUUCAUUCUGAUUGCGCAGGUAAGAUAUAAUGGAUAGAAUUAUACAGGAUGUGUUGCUAGUGUGUGAAAACAGACAAGAUCCAAGGAUCCCCUGGUGUGCACCUCCAGAUGGUGGAGGCAUCUGGUGCCUGGGCAUCUUCAUGGUCUCAAGUGUCCGAUAGUCAGGUGCAAAAUGUGCCUGGGAAAUUUCAAACGCUGUUUGGGGCAUCUGGGUGGGCUGUUGAAUGCUGGGCUAGAUUGACCUCUUUUGGCCUCAUUCAGCUUCAAGUCUCUUCUUAUGAGAGGGAAGGCCAUUGUCUUCAUGCCCUGUGUAUAAGCUUCGUGUGGGCACUGUUUUGGUUGCUGUGAGAACAAGAUGCUGAACUAGAUGGGCCUUUGUAUUCCCUGUUGCUCCUAAUGGCAACAGUUGUGUGUGUGUUUCUUGUACAGUGGUACCUUGGGUUACAGACGCUUACAGACUCCGCUAACCCAGAAAUAGUACCUCGGGUUAAGAACUUUGCUUCAGGAUGAGAACAGAAAUUGCGCAGUGGUGGUGCGGCAGGCCCCAUUAGCUAAAGUGGUACCUCAUGUUAAGAACAGUUUCAGGUUAAGAAUGGACCUCCAGAACGAAUUAAGUUCUUAACCCAUGGUACCACUGUACUGUAUCCUAUUUCACUUGUUCACCUUUGCUUAGGCUGGGAGCUAAGCACUGUAGACUAAAAGAAAGAAUAGAUGUGGGAUGGCACUAUCCUGUUUAAGGCAGGGCCACUCGACCUCAAGUGGCUGGUGGUCACAAGUAUGGCAAAGGGAGCAACUGGUUGUUGUUGUUUUUUGGGAGGGGCAAUCUCUUCCCUCCUUCAGUUUGAUCCUGAAUUGCAAGAUUGCUCCAGUUACCAGGAGCCCAGAAAGUGGGAUGCCUUUGGGCAAUAAUUUGGUGAUCCCUCAGAUAAUAAUUCCAUUGCCACGAAGCUGUGCCAAGCGAGCCUCAUUUCCAGUGUGUAUUGAAUGAUUUCCUUUAUGGUGCAAGAUGUCCCAAGUUGUGAAAAACGUACUGACAUGGUUUGCCAUGUUCAGCAGCAAUGCAGUGAUCUGGGGUCAAGGCUUAGCUAAGUGACAGAGCACCUGCUCUGCAUGCAGAAUGUAUUAUGUUCACUCCCCAAAACAGUAUAGAUAAAAAGGAUCUUGGGCUGGGAAUAACAUCUGUCCAAGAUUCUGCGGUUCAUCAAAGUAGGCUGUCCUGGGGCUUGGUUGGGUCAACACUCAUUCUGGCUUGGUAUAAGGAAACUUCAUGCUGUUCUCUGUGAAUGAUUUAACAUUCCCCCCCCCUUCUGUUCCUCCUCCCACAGAGUGACCAGCAGCUGGAUUGUGCCUUGGAUUUGAUGAGGCGUCUGCCUCCCCAGCAGAUUGAGAAGAACCUCAGUGAUCUGAUUGAUUUGGUGAGUAUUGGGGUAUCUUAAACUAGAGCAGAGUUAUCAUGUCCCCUGUUCAUGCCAAACCAUUGUUUGCACCAACCAAUUUAGAUCCCGGUAAAGGCACAUGGUAGACCAGCUUACCCCUGCCUGGGGCUCUCCAGAUGUUUUGAGCUUCAGCUUCCAUCCUUGCAGCUAACUGUUGACCAGCUGGCUGGUGGGAGUCCUGGUACAACAAUGUCUGGAGGGUAGCAGGUUUCAGUAGCGAAACCAUGGUUUAGAGUUGAUUGUCUUCAUUUUCCACCUGCUCCAGAUUGCAGUAGGCAAAUCAGUGUUCGUAGCUGCUUGUCUGCUCUCACUUUCCAUCUGCUUGACGCACUUCUUUUUGGGAGCAGUGGACACUAGAAGCAAGGCAGUGGCUGCAAUUUUGGCUUCUCGCCUCAGACAUCGUGGCAACUCUCUGUCUGCAAACCCCUUUCAAACAGUAGUUUGUGGUUCUGCAUUGCUAGCUGAUUUUGUAGCUGAAAUUUCACAGCUCUGAUAUUGGGCGAAUUGUAGUUGAGGACUUGUGUAAAGACUGCAGUGCCCUUAAUAUGACAUCUGAAUUAAUCCUCUUUGUGUGAGACUGCUGCUGUUUUCAGGAGGUACACUGUGACCUCAUCCAGAGGGUACACCUCUGUUCCUGUACCUGCUUCUGUAAUUGGAGAAACGCCAUAGCUCUGUGGUAGAGCAUGUGCCAGGGCCCUGACCUGGCAUAAAGCAGCAUCUUAUAUUAGGAGAGUCCCAAAUUCCUAUCUACUUUGUAGCUCAGUGGAAGACCAUCCAUUUUGCAUGCGGAAGGUCCCUGGUUCAACCCCCAAUGGCAUCUCCAGGCAGGACUGGGAGAGACUCCCUGCCUGAAACCCUGGAGAGCAACAGCCAGUCAGUGUGGCUUGACUCUGAUAAGGCAGUUUCCUGUGUUCCGAAGAUCUCUCUUCCUUCCUGAGGUCUUGGAGAGCUGUUCCAGCCAGUGCAGCUUAAAAUAUGUCUUCGGAGUCUAUCCGAAGAUUAAUUAAUCCACGUUGGUGGCACAAAAAGGCAUUGUGGUCUUGGACAGCCUUGAAAUUAACUUACCUCUGAGCAGGCAUUACAAGUAAUGUGUAAUGUUUCUCCUUAGCAUCUCCAGGCAGAGCUGUGAAAAGAACCUUGUCUGAGAUCCUGGAGAGCUGCUGCCAGUCAGUGUAGGCAAUGCUGAGCUAGAUGGACCAACGAUAUGGCUCAGUGGAGAAUAGAAGUUUAUAUAAAAUUAUGCAUGGCAUGGAGAAAGUGGAUAGAGAAAAGUUUUUCUCCCACUCUCAUAACAUUGGAUGGCUUUAAAAAAGGAUUGGACCAAUUCAUGGAGGAGAAUAAGACUGUCAGUGGCUACCAGCCACAAUGGCUGGGCUGGGCCUCCACAGUUGGCAGCAGCAAUGUUUCUGAAUAUUGGCUGCAGGAAACUGCAGGAGAAAGUGUCCUUGUACUUUGACCCUGCUUGCUGGUUUUCCACAGGCAACUGCUUGGCCACUGUGAGAACAGGAAGCUCGACUAGAUGAGUCAUUGACCUGACCAAACAGGCUCUUCUUUAGGGUCUUAUGGCAGCUUCCCAUGUUUCUAUAACUUCCUUGUUGCUUGUGGUGCUUAGGAAGGUCUGCAUACCUCACCUCUUACAAGUUAAGGGGGCCCACUGAGGGCGUCUUACCUGAGGCACCCACCCACCCUCAUAUCUGGGCCUGAACUGGUGGAAUGCGAAGGUGGAAGCCUCAUUUAAGCUGCUUAGUGAUAAAUCCCCCCCAAAGGUCCUUGCAGCUCCCGUUUGUCAAGCUGCAUGAGGUGCCUUGCUCUGUACACAAUUGUGCUGACAGAAGGGGAAAUAUCCAACUUGAACGUGAAACCAAAAGGGCACGGCCUGGCGGGAGGUGGGUAGAGCGUGGAGGCCCUUUCUGGGUCACUGCCCCUCAUCAGCUCCCAAACGCUUCCUUGUUCAUUAGCAGAGCGGCACGGCCGACCCCUCUCCCCCCCCCCAUCACAUCUGUUGUGGCUUCUUUGGGCCGCUGCUGCCGAGCCUGUAAUUAGAGUUCAUUAGAGCCCUUGUCAGUCACGGGCCUCUCCAAAGCACAGCCUGAAAGGAGCGGGGCCUGCGGGUGCCAGUAAUCCGCCUUGGCAGGGAGCGCUCAGGCUUGGCAUCUUAAUUACCAAUUAUUUGGAAAUGGGCAGCUUGGAGCAGCCGUUUGGGUGCUUUGCAAGGUUUUUAGAAGUUGCUUGUUGGAGAGGGGCAGGAGGUGGCUGCUUUUUAGGGUUGCAGUAUGAGGAUUGUUUCGACAAGUAUUCAUUUUAACGGUUAUUCUUCAUGCAGUACGUAGUUAAACUAUGGAACUCACUCCUGCAGGAGGGUGUGAUGAGCACCAACGUGGAUGGCUUUAAAAGAGGAAUGGACAAAUUCAAAUUGGAGGAUAAGUCUAAUAAUGGCUACUUGCCAUGAUAGCUAUUCUCUGCCUCUGCAACAAUGCUUCUGAAUGCCAGUUGUCCUUGUGCUUGAAUCCUACUUCCUGGGUUCAUAUAGACAUCUGGUCAGUAGUGAUUUGAAAGGUGUUGGUUUAAAAACAACAACAACAACAUUGUUGAACACUAUAAUUUAUUUAUUUAUUGCAUUGAUAUCCAACAUUUUUCUCCAUGGAGCUCGAUGGCGUACAUGGUUCUCCCCCUCCUUGUUUAAUCCUCACAGCAACCCUGCAAGGUAGGUUAGGCUGAGAGGCAGUGACUGGCCCAUGGUUGUUCUUCAAGCUUCACGGCCAACUGGGGGUUCAAGCCCUGGUCUCCAUUGAGUGACCACUGUGAGAACACUAUGCUUGACUAAGUGAGCUCUUAGCCUGAUCCUGCAGGGCUUUCCUUGUGUUCUUAAUAAGUAAGCAGAAAGGCAAGCGGAACUAUAAAGCCUCAGCACGGCUUGACUUAAAGCCUUAUAAUAAUAAUUUAAUAAUAAUAAUUUAUUAUUUGUACCCCGCCCAUCUGGCUGGGUUUCCCCAGCCACUCUGGGCGGCUUCCAUAGAAACAAAAAAUACAGUAAAAUAUCACAGAUUAAAAGCUUCCCUGAACAGGGCUGCCUUAAGAUGCCCUCUAAAUGUCAGGUAGUUAUUUAUUGCUUUGACAUCUGAUGGGAGGGCGUUCCACAGGGCGGGCGCCACUACCGAGAAGGCCCUCUGCCUGGUUCCCUGUAACUUUGCUUCUCGCAAUGAGGGAACCGCCAGAAGGCCCUCGGCGCUGGACCUCAGCGUCCGGGCAGGACGAUGGGGGUGGAGACGCUCCUUCAGGUAUACUAUCCUAUCCAAUGAGAGAAAGGUACAUGUGGGUAUAGAUAGAGAAUAUCUGUAUCACUUCAUGGGUUGUAGAGGAGUCCUCUGCCACCAGCCAAGGGACUAAAGACCACUUGAAGGCUCAACUCCCUGAAGGAUUAUCACAGCCAGGAGGGAAAACCAACCUGGCUCCAUCCUUUAGCUAUUGCUGCAGCUGCUCCAGUGCGUAGCUUUUUUUCUUCCCUCCCCAAUUUUUUUUCCUUUUGUGCCAUGUCUCUUAGAUUAUGAACCCGCAUGCAGGGAUGGUUAACCGUACAGAGCUUAGGAAACAUGUUGUGCCUUGCAUGUUAAUAAUGUAUGAGAGAGCUUUAGUGGUCACCAUUCUGUGUCACACUCUCUGGUGACCAGUGGACAAACUUGGCGUGAUGUGACAGAUUUCUCUCUAAGCAUUUGUUGGCUCUGAUAAAAGCAAAUAAGGUUUUUCUUGGGCUUUCUCUCUCUCUUUGAAAAACAAAAACCCUGCCUUUAAACACACAGUCUGGUAAAAGGAACUAUUUUGAUAAGAUGGGAACUGCAGCAAGGUGGGGAUCUAGAAACUGCCAGGGAUCCACUUCUUUCCUCGCCGCCACCCCCCACCCCCAGCAGAAGUGUAAGCAUCAAAGCAACCCUGGGCUGUCCAGCUGCUCGAAAACUGAUCAUGUCUGAGUCAUUUCGCCACAGUUUUUGUCCCAAGAAAGUUUUGUCUUGGAGGCAUGCCUGUUUCAUGUUGUGUUUUUUUAAGGCAGCGCUUCCCCGUAAAAGUCACACCAUGAUAAUAACCAUGUCAUUGUCCCAUCUCAAAUGAGUUAAGCACCCUAAGGCAGGGGUUAGGCAGGGAACCUCCAUCCUGUGGGUCAGAUGUGGACCUCAAUUUCUCUUUCUCCCUGGCCCUUAGGACUCUUCCCCAGGCCACACCCCUCACUGGCUUUCUCUCUCCCCUCCUUAGGUCCUUCCCACCCACCCACCUUUUUGUCCUUUUAUUUUUAUUCCCAAGGUUUAAACCUGGGACCUUCUGCAUUCAGAGCAGGCACACUUUUCCACUGAGCUUUGACCCCUUUCCACCCAAAAGGACAGGCGGGGUGCUUUGAAGCCCUGACCUCUGGAAAUCAUCUCUCCCCCCCCCCCCUUCUGACUUCUGGAACUUCAGCAGGCAUUCUCCAUGCCAACUUUCAAUCAUAUGUUCACCGCCAUGAGGACUAGUACCUUGAGGCAUCUGCAAAACCUUGGCAUUGAAAGUUUCGUGUAAGGCAGCAAGCUUGGUUCUGCACCCUAAGUCACAUUCUGUUCCCCUAGGUACCCAGCAUGUGCCUAAAUGAAGCCCUCCUUCCUAGCUGGAGGUGAGCAGUUGCUGUUCACCCAUUUUGUAUGUGAUUAGGCUGAAAGCGGCUAUAUACAGCCUUCGAAAGAUAAUAAUUUGGCUGUGAAAACUUGGCCAUUUUGUCCAUCUCCCACAGCAAGAGCUGACAAACUGGUGUGUGUUGGUGGUUGUGUGCAUGCGUGUGCGGAACAAAUGCAGGAACCCAGACCGUUGCUAGGAAGCCUAGCAAGCUUGGAAAAACUGCCUCUUGUCCUGUCUGGCUUUCCUUGAGCACCUUGAUGGGAAGAGACGCCCUGCUGACAGCAGCCGGGGGUUCAAAAGGGCGGCCUUUUAUGAACUUGGCGUUCUUUCCAAAGGAUGUUGAGCAUGUCGGGCAUGGUGCAGCCGGCCAUUCCUAAUGUUGAAAGCAGCUGUCGGGGAUCCAACCUGGGGAUUAUUGGCAUAAAAAUCAGGGGACUUGGCACAAUUAGCUCUGCGAGCCAGUUUUCCACCCAGCGAGCGCAGCUGUAAAUAGAAAUGCCUUCAGCUUAGAAGCUGUUACCAUUGGGGUAUUCGGAACUUGUUUUAAGACACUCUUUUGUUUUAAAAAACCCCAUCUACAGGCAGUCAAGGAAGGGCUCCGUUUAAAUCAGGCUUCAAAUGACCUUUAAGCAUCCACAGAUCAGUGACUUCACUGAAAUGGUUUUCAUGUAGCACCUUAAUCUGGUUAACACAGAGCAGCCUUCACCAGCCCUUCCAGAUGUUUUGGACUACAACUCUCAGUGUUUCUCCUGACUGGGGUCCUAAUGGGAGUUGUAGUCUAAAACCCACCUGAAGGCUAGCAUGCUGAACCUAAGAAGAGCCAAUGGCCCAUAAAUUAUUAUGGUUAUGUUUAAUUACCCGCCCUUUGCUCUUAGGUCCCAGGGCAGGUUACAACGUUAAAACAUUAAAAACAGUUUAAAACAACAUAAAAAUAAUGGUGGUUUAACAGUCAAUCCCUCUUUCCAGAGUUCGCUGGGAAUUUCAGCUCCUAGCUACUCUCAGCACCUUUAACAAACUACAGUUCCCAGGAUUCUUUGGGGGAAGCCAUGAUUGUCAAAGUGGCAUCAUAGGGCUUUAAAGAUAUAGUGUAAGUGUUGCCCUGGUCUUGAGAUGUGUUUAACCUCUGAGUUCUGCUCUAUGGAGGAUUAAGCUAAUUUAUGUGUGAGAGAGAUGCUCCAGAAGUUUUUGCCAGCUCAGUUUUGGAUGCAGAUGAUACAUAGACCUUUCCUUCUCCCUUUUCAGAUCUUUCAGGCCAGUGUUGCUCAAACCUUUGGCUGCUACCACUCCCUUGCUUCCCUAAACUCAUCUUGAGCCCAUUACCCUACCCUAUAAAAAGCAUUAUACAGAACAGUGGCUUGCACAACACACUGAGGACGAUAGUAUCCCAAUAAAACAGUAACAGUUAACAGCACAUUUGUUCAAAGUGCAGUUAAGCUGUGUGGUUUAUUUGCACAAAAUGGAUGAACUGGAUCCAGUGAUACCAGGUUUUCAAAGUCUGAUAGUCGUUUACACCUCUAGGGGACCCCUGCCUCUUGGUGCUCCCCUAGGGAAUCCCACAGGCCCCCAUGGAGUGGAACCUCCCACUUUGGAAACCACAGUAGCCCAUUGCUAUCUUAGGAAUCCUUCUGAUGCCUUGAUGGAUCAGCAAAAGUCAUUGGAUUGUAUUUGAUGUUAACCCUCCUUACAGCAGUCCCACUGAAAUCAACGGACAUGACUAACUUAGGCUCAUUAACUUCUAUGGAUCUAUUCUGAGUAGGACUAGCAUUAGAUGCAUCCCAUCAUGUAUGAGAUCCUCUCUCCCCACCCCUCUGGUCCCAUUAUUUCUACGACAGUCCUUGGACUGGACCUGUUUUUCUGCUUCAAGAGGAAGCUUUUAAAAGCCUGCUGGAUGACUCAAUAGAAUUAUAACAAAAAUUUUUAUUAGAUGUGGGCCUAGCAUGGCUGGAAUCCAGUCUGGGCUUGUCAAGUGGGGGGGGGGGAGAGAGAGAGAGAGAGAGAGAGAGAGAGAGAGAGAGAGAAGGGCACCAGUUCAAUUUGUCAUUAUGGAAGUGUUGGUUCCCUUCCGUUGGCUCCAAACAUCUGAGUGGUUUUCGCCCUGACGUUGACCAGCUCCGAUUUCCGUGCCCCCCCUUCACUUCCAUACGGGUGACAUCAGUCCUGUAAGAAUUCAAAUGAGAGCCAGAACUGUAAAGGCUUGAAAUGCAAUUAAAUAAUAAAACUUAAGUGAUCACACUCCUUCCCUGCCAAGGAAAUCUUUGCUUUGGAGGAAAGUGGCUUCGCAGUGGGCACCAUUGUGGUACAAAAUAAGGAUGCUCCAUUCUUGGGCCUUAACUCUAGUGCCAGUGUGGCGGAGUGGUUAGAGUGUCUAACCAGGACCUGGGAGAGAAGAGUUGGCAUCUACACUCUGUUAUGAAGUUCACUGGGUAACCUUGGGCCAGUCACUGCCUCUUAGCCUAACCUACCUCAUAGGGUUAUUGUAGGGAUUAAAUGGGGAGGGAGAGAACAAUGUACACCACUUUGAGCUCCUUAGAGAAAAAGGUGGCAUAUAAAUGCAAUAAACAAACAAGCAAGAACCCAGCUUAUGUCUUUGGACUAUCCCAUCAUCCCCAUGGCCCCAGUUAUGUUUUUGCUUCCCACAAUCCCUUUGGGGUCCUCUAUUCCCAUGGAUUCCCCCGAAUUCUGAUGUUUAAGCUGAGAGUGCCAAUCACUUUCUUAGCUAGAAAAACACCUCUCACACAUAAAGGGCAGUGCCAGCAGGCUCUGGAGAAUCCCAGGUUCUGCAGAAGUGCACAAAAUCUUUAGGAGGGGGAGGACCCAGGAGGGUUGGGAAUCCCCCUAAAACAGUUCAUGAGCUUCCUGUGUUCCUACAAAGCACUCUCAGGUGACCAGACUUCCAGUGUCUCUCUGGGGGCUACAAGUUAUGGACUCCAAGCUAUGAGAACCUUGCUGGAUCCUCUUUCAAGUAGUGGCCAGACCGAGGCCACUGGGGAAGCCCCCGCCACCACAAAUAGGGUAUAAAGGCAGAUUAGUCUCUUGUGGAUCUUUCUUGUACAUUCGGCCAUGGGUGGCUGCAAGGUUGGAUUUGACGUUGCCUGCCACCUCUUCAGAAACAUUGCCUAUUCUAUAGUUGUUGGUUUAAACAAUCCCUGUGGCGCUUUACAGUUCAAUAUGUUUUGAACUGUGGCGUUUGCUAGGAAUGACUGCCAACUACUCAGGUAUGUUGAAGAAAAGUAACUGUGUCCAAGGAACAUUAUUGGAAUAAUGUGGCACAAAUCAAUAUGGUGUAAUCCCCACUCAGCCAUGAAGCCGCUGGGUGAGCAGCAGCCAGUCACUGUCUCUCAUCUAACCUACCUUACAGGGUUGUUGUGGGUGUUAAAUGAAGAGGGGGAGACCAGUGUACCCUGCCUUGGGUUCCUAGGAGAAAAAGGUGGGCUAUAAAUGCAAUCAAUCAUUAAAGGUUCCUCUGCUGCUGACAGCCAUAAUGGAUUCCUGUCUGGCACUUGCUCAAAUGUGGCAUUGUGAGGGUAAGAGACUAUGGGAUAAAUUGGGGGAGAACUCACUCUUUAUCUCUGCUUCAAAACUGGGGGGGGGGGAGCCCUUCCCAACCUCAGCUCUUCCCCCUCCUUCUGCCACCAUCCCAACAAUCACUGCAAGAUGGGAAUAACACUAGCCUAUGCGGGUAGUGCGGUGGGUUAAACCACAGAGCCUAGGACUUGCCGAUCAGAAGGUCGGCAGUUCGAAACCCCACGACGGGGUGAGCUCCCGUUGCUCUGCUCGGUCCCUGCUCCUGCCAACCUAGCAGUUCGAAAGCACGUCAAAGUGAAAGUAGAUAAAUAGGUACCGCUCCAGCGGGAAGGUAAAUGGCGUUUCCAUGUGCUGCUCUGGUUCGCCAGAAGCGGCUUAGUCAUGCUGGUCACAUGACCCAGAAGCUGGACACCGGCUCCCUUGGCCAAUAAAGCGAGAUGAGCGCCGCAACCCCAGAGUCAUCCGUGACUGGACCUAAUGGUCAGGAGUCCCUUUACCUUUACCUACCUUGCAGGACUGCAGUUAGGUUUCCUGUGGCAAUGUAUGUGCAGCGCAUCGAACCAGAGCAGGGAACCCCAGCUGAAACUGAGAGUGAGAACAGCCCCUCUCCAUCAGGAACCCCCAAACCAAUUCCUGAAUAGCAGAAUCCUUUUAAGAACUCAUUAUCGGUGGUGUCGUGAUCUGGGCAUCUCCUCCCACCCCAUCCCAAUAAUCAAUUAGCGAUGGGGACAGAGAGGACUGUGGCCCUGACCCCAAGCAGGAUGUGGUGAAGUGUCUGCCUUUCUCACUUUUGCUUUUUCUGUUCUCCUUUCCUUCCUAAUCUGUCACCACCUUUGAGAUCCUGAGCCUGCGGCUAGGCCCUCUGUGUGGCUGCAGUGUGUCUUUUAAUUUUAGUAUCGCACCUGGCCCUUUUAGGUGGUUUACAAAUAAUUAUUAUGUUUGAGCAUGGCAAGGUGUUGGGACUGGCUUCUACACAACAAGGACUUCACAUUAUUUCCACUUCAACAUGGUCCAAAGCCUCGAGGGCAGCCACGAGUUGGAAGUGUAAAACUUUAUGAAUCAAAGCUGCACAAGAGCUGGAUCGUAUUGAGGGUCUGAUCCAGCAUCCUGUUUUUAAACCGUGGCCAGCUGGAAACUUAGAAAAAUGCCACCCAAAGCCUUUGCUGUUAAUCCAUCCAUCUUCUGAAUGAAUUUGUGUGUGUCUGUGUGUUGCAUCAGGAGUAGUUAAUCCUGCUGGGGAACAGACACGGUAAUUUUUGAUGUGACUUUCCUCUCCCCACACUCACCUCUAGGUAUGUUCCUAAUAAAGCAAAACUAAUUUCAGAAGGGGGAAAUAUCUGACAUAGGAUCAUGGGUCAUGUCAACUGUGCCUCUAGUCUAGCCUCCUGUUCUCACAGCAGCCAACAAGCUGGUUAUGGGAAUCCCAAAAGCAGGACCUGAGAACAACUCUCUUCACUUGUCAUUCCCAGCAAGUAGCAUUCAGGGGCAGAUGCCUCUAAAUUCCUGGUUUACACACACACAAAUCUACUUGUAUGAAAAUAAAGUUUGGCAGUUGAUCUGGUACGUUCCCCAUUUCAGCUCUAAUCCCAGAGACCUUCUCUGAUGCUACCUGACACCCACGUACACCUUUGCCUCAAUGUGCCCAGUUUUUUGAGCUUUCAGUAAGUCCGUCAGCAUUCUGACUCCUGAGCAGGAAGCAAGAGUUUGGCCAGCUGCUCAGGGAGGUGUUUGGUUUCUGGCCGUGCACAGGUGGCCACUUGUCUCUUUGCUUGGAAAGGUAGUUUAUUUUUAAUUAAAACUUUGUCCCAGUACCUGGUUCACUGGUUCCAGCCAGAUUAGCAUUUCAGAAGGACAAUGCCAUCCCUUGUUUGAAGCCCACUGUAAAUGUAGCGUUCCUCUCCUUUUCAAUUUGUUUCCCUCUUUGUCUGCGGCUAAUCUCUCUGUCCCUUCAGGAUGUUACCACUGUUUUGUAACUCCCUCCUUCCUCCCCCCCCUCCCCACAAGUUGUCUCAUUCAUUCAUUCAUUCAUUUGAAGGGACAAAAAAAGUCUGAUCUUUUAAGAGAAAUGUCUCUGGUAUUUCAGGGUGGUCUGGGUCCAGAUGUGCGCUACAUGAACAGGUUGUAGGACCCGCCUGCGUGUUCAGCUAAGGGUCUGGAGAGCCUCAGCGAACUUUUAUUUAAUUUAAUCUAUUUAUGGAUCGCUUCCUAUGAAACAUCUCAAAGCAAAUAACAGCAACAAUAAUUUAUUACUUUAAGCAAGUUUAUGGACCGCUUCACUGCUUAAAUCCAUCAGAUUGGUGUACGUGGUAAAAAUGGAAUAAAACCACAGAAACACAUGCUUCUAAGAUUAAUAAAACCAAUUUGACAGACAGAAAACCUUUCAUGCAAACUCUAAAAACAAUGAAACAAUUUGUAUUAAAAAUAAUACCGCCAGUUGAAACAAUUACUAAAACACCGCACCCAUAAUAUUUUUCCCCAGGGUAUGUGAAUGAAACAACCCAAAUAUAUACCAUGUGAUGUGUGUGCAUGUUUAAUUUUUGUUUUCAUUCAGUUGUAUUUAUUUCUUCAUUCUUGCAUGUUACUGAAGUAUGUGUUUUUGUUUAAAGAAAACAAAAAAGAUUCAAUGCGCAACAUUUUCAUAUAUAAAAACAAGGAAGAGAUCAGCAAGGAGCGGCUGCCUCCGGCUUGCCCUGCUUGUGAGCUUCCUGGGAGCAUUCGUGAACAAAAGAAACUUUCCUACCCUUGAUCAGACCAUUGGUCCACCUUGCCCAGUAAUGUCUCCUCUGGCUGGCUGUGGCUCCCCCGGAGAACCACUGCCAGCCAGUGUAGGCAAGACUGAACUAGAUGGCCACAAGGGUCUCCUGACAGUAUUAAGAUUCCUUCCAGUAGCACCUUAGAGACCAACUAAGUUUGUUAUGCACACAAUAACAAACUUAGUUGGUCUCUAAGGUGCUACUGGAAGGAUUUUUUUUUGUUUCGACUACAGCAGACCAACUCGGCUACCUACCUGUAACUAAUAUUAAGAUUCUCAUUCCCAACUCUUCUAGCUGCUCCUUUCCAACUAGAGAUGCUAGGAGGCUGAUGCUUGUGGGGAGUAACUUCUACAUGCCAAGCAGGUGCUCCACCACUGAGGCUCAGUCCCUCUGUUGUGAUGUUUUCUGUGCAUCUGGGAAAGCACAUUUCUAAUGUGUUUGAGAGAGAAGUGUAUGUGUGUGAGAGACAGAAAGGAAUUUGUUCUCUUAAGAUGGUACCCUGCCACCUACAGCUCAUAAGCAUCCUUAUACUUAAACAAAACCAGUGGUAUGUGAUAAAUCAGGAGUACUUUCAUAGUAAAGGUAAAGGUACCCCUGCCCGUAUGGGCCAGUCGUGACCGACUCUAGGGUUGUGCGCUCAUCUCACUCAAGAGGCCGGGGGCCAGCUCUGUCCGAGGACACUUCCGGGUCACGUGGCCAGCGUGACGAAGCUGCACUGGUGAGCCAGCACCAGCGCCGCACACGGAAACGCCGUUUACCUUCCCGCUAUAAAGCGGUACCUAUUUAUCUACUUGCACUUAGAGGUGCUUUCGAACUGCUAGGUGGGCAGGAGCUGGGACCGAACGACGGGAGCUCACCCCGCCGCGGGGAUUCGAACCGCCGACCUUACGAUCAGCAAGUCUUAGGCACUGAGGUUUUACCCACAGUGCCACCCGCGUCCCUUACUUUCAUAGUAGGCAACAUUUUAAAAAAAAAUAAACAAGUUUGCUAAGCGCAAUUCUCACGUGUGUCACUUUUGUGGACUUAUUUGAAAAAGACUUUUCAAAAAUGUAUGGUCUUAUUUGCAGCUCACGCUGUUUUAUGUUUAAUUUGUACCACGGUGUUUUCUGCAGUGCCACCUCCCUUGAAAAAGCAGCACAUGUCAGAGGAAAACGUAUUUAAAAAACAGAAAAAGUUAUCCAACAUAGUAAUGUUUGGCAGUGUGCCUGGAAAGUAUAUUAAACUCCACCCAGAGCAUGAGUUAGUGGAAAAAAUUAAGCUGCCGUUCACGGGGCAGCUUAUUCUCUUAGCUGCUCUUGGAUUUCCACUCAGUUAUAAAUAUUUACCACUUUUUCAAGGUCUGUUCCCCCCGCCACCGCCGCUGCCCCCUUCAGCAGUUGCUUUACAGCCCUCGAUUUGGCAAGAAGCAGAGACUGUGACUAAUAGGUGUAUGUGCGCACAUACAUUUAACUUUGAGACCACACCCGUGGCCACAGUGCUGAAACCUGAAUUGCUUUAGACAAAACUCUGGUGUGUGUGUGUGUGUGCAUGCGUGUGUGUGUGUGUGCAUGUGCACACACAUGUAUAAGGGCACACCAGUGCGCCGCAGUAGUGGAAUUAUCAUCCAGUGUGAUAUUAGGCAGGCCCCAACCCUGGAUAAUUUCAAAGGGGCCUUGAAAACUGUCUUAAAAACCUUGGUUUACAAAAUUGCAGCUGGAAAUCUCAUUGUGUGGCCUGGCCUUGGAGACUGUACUAUUUAUUAAUUUUAUUUGCUUCCAUAAAGCUUACACACCACUUGAUGGAUGUUGGAUUUUUUGUUUGUUUUUUAAAGCCACCAAAAGGGUUGGUAGGUAGUGGGGCAGGCAGGGGGGUAUUUAGUUAGUUUAUUUCUUAUAGUGGUUCAGUUUUUUUGUUGUCGUGGUUCUGUGUAUGCCUAUGGGGUGAGAUAACUAUAGUGCUAUGGUGAAUUUCAUCAGCAUGCAUUAUUCAACAGAAAACUUCCUCUGCUUAUGUGUUUGCUUAUACUUGAAAACCAUAUAUAUAUAUAUAGAUAGAUAGAUAGUUCUAAACCCUCAAAGUGAUUUACAAAAAAAGAAGAUAAAACAAAAUUAUCUACAACAAUUUAAGACUUUCAACGACUUAAAAUAACAAUAGACCAUGGAAUUUAUUUCUUCAGAUGUUUUUUAUCCGUUACCUAUUUUGUUUUGUUUUAUUUUUAAUGGGAGCUGCCUUUGGAAGAACUUUUUAUUAUUGAAAGUUGCUAUAGAAAUGUAUCAAAGCCAAUGUGGUGUCGUGGCUAGAGCAGGGGUAAGCAACCUAAGGCCCAGGGGCUGGAUGCGUCCCAAUCGCCUUCUAAAUCCGGCCGGUGGACAGUCUGGGAAUCAGCAUGUUUUUACAUGAUUAGAAUGUUCUUUAUUUAAAAUGCAUCUCUGGGUUAUUUGUGGGGCAUAGGAAGUUCAUUCCCCCCCCCCCAAAAAAAAUAGUCCGGCCCACCACAUGGUCUGAGGGACGGUGGACCGGCCCACAGCUGAAAAAGGUUGCUGACCCCUGGGCUAGAGUGUAGGACUAGAGCCUGCUGGGAGACCAGGGUUCAAAUCCCGCCCCCAUUCCACCAUGAUGCUCUCACUGAGCGACCGUAGGCCAGUCAUUGCCUCCCAGCCUAUCCCACCUCACAGGGUUGUUGUGGGGAUUAAAUGAGGGGGAGAAUUAUGUACGCUACAUGGUGCUCCGUGGAGGAAAAGGUGGAAUAUAAAUGCAAUGAACCAGUGGAGUUAAGAGUAGGUGAUGAGGUCCUUCUCCAGGGGACCCUUCUGGGUGGGGAAGAGCUGUCACUCAGUGCCUUACAUGCAGAAAACCCCAGACUCAGUGCUUUUUUCUAGAAAAAUAGGUGCCGGUACUCACCAUGAAGUUGUUACAGUAAGUGCCACACUUUUUAACAACAACAACAACAAAGAAGAGGUGCCGGUACUGCGAACCCUUGAUUACUCCCUGAAAAAAAGCACUGCCCAGACUCAGUUCCAAGUAGCAUCUCCAGGUAGGGCUGACAACAUCCCCUGUCUGGAACUUUGGAGAGCCACUGCCGGUCAGUGUGGGCAGUAUUGAGCUAGGUGGGUACAUUCCCAUGAUCCUGCUGUGGGAAGUUAGGUGGACAGCGACAGGGCAAUAGGCUCUUCUUGGUUAAAUGGCCUAUCCAGGGGGGCUCAGGUAUGGAGAUGCAGGGUUGGGUCUUUGAUAAGGGUCUAAACAAGCAAGUUUGCAUGGAAAACGGUGUCCCUUCUGACAUCCUGGUCACAGAGGCUGCUUUAUAAAGGAGCUGCAAUUCAGACAUACAUUUACAGGAGCUUGCUGAAGCACCCCUGCCUCACUUUUUGCAUCUUGUGUCCCCCCCCCCCCCAACUUCCUGCUUCUGUUUACAGGUCCCCAGCCUCUGUGAAGAUCUCCUGUCUUCUGUUGACCAGCCUUUGAAGAUCGCUCGUGAUAAAGUAGUGGGGAAGGACUACUUACUGUGCGACUACAACAGAGAUGGAGACUCCUAUAGGUGACUGCUUUGCUCCUCUGGACAGGGAAACACUCCUUUACAUUAUCCAUCAAUUGACUCCCCCUCUUUUUACCCCUUUUGAUCUCAGGCAGGUUAUUCGGAAGUGGCGAUCAUCAAAAAUAAACACAUUUUGCUCACUGCUAGACUAACAGUGUGGAUUUACAGAGUUCGAUUCACAAAGAUAGCAGUCUUAGAAGCUCUCUUAAACUGAGCCAGGCUCUUGAGUCCACCGAGUUCAUUAUUGUCUACACUAAUUGGCAGCAGCUCUCCAGGAUUUCAGGCCUGGUUCUUUCCCAGGCCUGGAAAAGAACUGGGGAGAUUUUACCUGGAGAUUUUAGGGAAUGGAACCUGGAGUCCUCUGCCUGCCUCUACCAAUGAGCUACAAAUUGGUGUAGUUGGGGGAACCUUCUGGAGUUCUCUCCUAAUGACCCAACUAAAGAAGAUAAUAACCCAGAGAUGUUCACAACUUUUAAACUAUCCAGUAGACUAUAAAACGUGUGAGCUUUGUGAAGGAGGCACAGCUCAGUGGUAGAGCAUCUGCCUAAAACCCUGGAAAGCCACUGUUAGUCACUGUGGACAGUACGAGCCAGAUGACCUGGGUGGCAGAGCUAUAAAGUAGCUUCCAGUUUUUCUGUUAAAAUCAGCCCUUGAUUCAGAAUCAUAAGGACUAGGGUCUUUAUUUGUAAGGAGAGGGCCAUACCUCAAUAGCAGAGCUCCUGCUUUGCAUGUAAAAUGUCCCCGUUUUAACCCCUGGCAACUCCAGGUAACACUGGGAAAGUUUCUCUGGUUUGCAGAUGGGUCCAGAAGGGUUUGCAACCCCCUGGAUGAGGAAUCGGUAGCACGUGCUAUUUAUUUUUGAAGCUUUGGGUACUUUGAGCGCCUUACCCACAUCUCAAGAGAUCCUGCCCAUUAUAUUGCUUUUCCUAGGCAGCUGAGUUCAGCUUCUGACAUGCUGUUGCAUGGCUCUUUGAGCUAGAGAAUCCUGUAUGGUGGGUCCCUUGUAAUGUCUAAGGCCUGGUUGCAGCUCCCACAAACAGACAGGGAAUAACUGGCGUGGUGCAGUGGUUGGAGUGUCAGACUAGUACCUGGGAAAGACCAAGGUUCGAAUCCCCACUCAGCCAUGAAGCUCAUGGGGUAUCAUCUUGGGGCUUGUCAGUGUCCCUCAGCCUUCAGCUCCUUGGAGAAAAAACGGGAAAAAGUGAGAUAUAAAUGCAGUAAAGCUAAAGGGACCCCUGACCAUUAGGUCCAGUCGUGACCGACUCUGGGGUUGCGGCGCUCAUCUUGCUUUAUUGGCCGAGGGAGCCGGCGUACAGCUUCCGGGUCAUGUGGCCAGCAUGACUAAGCCGCUUCUGACGAACCAGAGCAGCGCACGGAAACGCCGUUUACCUUCCCGCUGGAGUGGUACCUACUUUCACUUUGACGUGCUUUCGAACUGCUAGGUUGGCAGGAGCAGGGACUGAGCAACGGGAGCUCACCCCGUCGUGGGGAUUCGAACCGCCGACCUUCUGAUCGGCAAGUCCUAGGCUCUGUGGUUUAACCCACAGCGCCACCCGUGUCCCUUAUAAAUGCAAUAAAUAAUAAUAAUUAACCAGCCCAGUUCAACUUUGCUGCUACGGUUGGUGGGUAGCACCUGGGAGGCGCCAAUGGCAGAGACACCCAGCAAACACAAGCUAUCCUUUAUUAAAAAAAUAACAAAACAAGACCAAACUCCCAGCCCCCUCCCCUCUGGCUUUCCUCUGCACAUCCCUAUCCUGGUGUUUGGUUGCUCUCCUUAAAUAGGAUCCUUAUGGGGGGAAGAUGCUGAUGCCAGCAGCACCGUCUUGGAACCUGUUGGCUGCAGCAGAAACAUUGCUCUUGCAUGAAGCUCCAUCGCUUUCAGCCAGGCGGGCUCUGUUCAGCUGCCUUCUUUCAAAACAGCCUCCCAUCUAAGCCCGUAAAUGCGUUUUGAGGGCUUGUCUGCUGUGAAAACAUCAUUUGAGGGAGUAAUGUUAUGAAUUUCUCGUGGAUGAAAUUACUGCUGCAGCCAGCAAUCUUUCUUACUUUCUCUCUCUCUCCCCCCACCAAAAAACCCCUUUUUAGAGGUGGUUUGGGAUGUGCAUGGUCUGCAGGCCAGGAAAGUGCUAAGUCGUGGCUGUGUGCUCUCGCUCUGAAAUUCCAUUCCUCGUGCUCUGCAGAAGAAAUCUACUAACCGCAAUUAAAUCAAGCCCACCUUGCUUAAAAGUGGCUUGGAGGGGUAGGGGAGAAAGGAGAUUGUUUGGGUUGGAGGCAGAAACCUUGAGCACUGGCUCAGCAUUUACCUGCUGCAGAAAUGGAGGGUACGGGUGUCAAUGGCUGCUAACCAUGAUGGCUGUGCUCUGCCUCCCCAGUCAGGGGCAGCAAUGCUUCUGAAUGCCAGUUGUUGGAAACCACAGGAGGAGGGAGGGCUCUUGUGCUCAGGUCUUCCUUGCUAGCUUCCCACAGGCAACUGUUCAGCCACUGUGAGAACAGGAUGCUGGACUAGAUGUCUGUGGGCCUGACCCAGCAGGCUCCUCUUACGUUCUAAUGAUAUAGGUAAGAGUUCCUAAAUGGAAGAAGUUAGUUCUCCACCACCAUCACUCCCAAGAGGUGAUGGAAAUUUCAAAGCUCUUAUUUCUUGUGUACAGUGGUGCCCCGCAAGACGAAUGCCUCGCUAGACGAAAAACUCGCUAGACGAAAGGGUUUUGCGUUUUUUGAGUCGUUCCGCAAGACGAAUUUCCCUAUGGGCUUGCUUCGCAAGACGAAACGUCUUGCGAGUUCUUGCGAGUUUGUUUCCUUUUUCUUAAAGCCGCUAAGCCGUUAAUAGCCGCUAAGCCGCUAAUAGCCGUGCUUCACAAGACGAAAAAACCGCAAGACGAAGAGACUCGCGGAACGGAUUAAUUUCGUCUUGCGAGGCACCACUGUAUUUUUACUGCCACCUGCAAAUGAGGCUACAAAGCUGCUAAAAGGUAAAUGGACCCCUGACCAUUAGGUCCAGUCAUGACUGACUCUGGGGUUGCGGCGCUCAUCUCGCUUUAUUGGCCGAGGGAGCCGGUGUACAGCUCCCGGCAGCAUGACUAAGUCGCUUCUGGCGAACCUGAGCAGCGCACAGAAACGCUGUUUACCUUCCCGCCAGAGCGGUACCUAUUUAUCUACUUGCAUUUUGAUGUGCUUUCGAACUGCUAGGUUGGCAGGAGCAGGGACCGAGCAACGGGAGCUCACCCUGUCGCAGGGAUUCGAACCACCAACCUUCUGAUCUGCAAGCCCUGGGUUCUGUGGUUUAACCCACAGCGCCACCCACGUCCACACUAGCAAAGCUGCUAGUCCACACUUUUUUUGCCUUUUUUAUAUUUGGUAUGAAUAUUUACAGUCUGCCUUUGGUCAUAGCCUCAUGAUGGCUCUCAAAGCAUGAGAAAACAGUUUUGCAACACAGAAGGCAUCAUGAAAAACAGCUAAAAUAACUCAAAGCAAAUAUGGCACCAAAAGAGCUUUUAAGCUCUUUGCCUUGCUUGGAUUUUAACUUGUGCAGGGUUAGGGUUAGGGUUAGGGUUAGCCACAAAUGGCUGAAAUCGUGCAACUUAAAUGCACGUUAGGUGCCAUUGUACUGUGCUAGCAGAGUCUUUGCUUUAGACACCCUGCACCAGGCACAUGGUUGCUGGAUCUGUUGGAAGGGGCAGUUCAAAACUUCUGCAGAGACCCAUGCUAGAGAUGGCACACCCAUCGUUCCCUGUUCCGAAUAUCAAGCAGGGUCUGCAAAUUCAAAGCAAUGAGGUUAGGUGGAAGAAUGCUGAGGUGGAAUGCUCCAGUGUACUCCUUUGGACUGCAGUUGUGUUGCGUGUCAAAUUUUUUGCUUAAAAGAUACUUAUCUCAUCAAGGGGAGAGGUUCUGCCAUAUUCCUCUGUGCCAGCUGUCCUCAUUUCCUAUUGCUAGGAAGAAUUUGUUCCUUUAUGUAAUCUUUUGAUAUUUUGCCUUUCUCCCUAAUUGGGAUUCAGGACAGCUUCCAACAUGGUAAAGCUUCAUUAUAAAAGCUAAACUAGUUACCAAUAGUUACAAUACCUUAAAGCACUCUUAGAGCCAGCAGUUAAAAUCUAGUGUGCCUUGACAGCAGCCCAGUGGACAACAUCAUCUGCACCUCAGUUUCCAAAGGCCUGUCUAAACAGGAAGGUCUUAGCCUGCUGGAGAAAGGAUAACAAAGAAGGAGCCAGUCUGAGCUCUCUUGGGAGGAUUUUCCACAAUAUGGGAGCUGCCCCAGGAAAGGCCGUCUCUUGUCACCACCAGCCAUGCCUCUGAUGUUGUUGGGACCAAGAGAAAGCUGCUCACCCAAGGCUCUUAGAACCCGGGCAGGUUUAUAGGGAGAGAUACGAUCUUUCAGGUAGUCUGGUCCCAAGUUCUUAAUGUAGAGGGACUUUCAAAAAUGUGACACAGACCUCACCCUGAAUCUGAAAUAGUGCAGUUCAUUCUGCCACUCUCCUCGCAUGUAUAGACUAUCCCUGACAUUGUCUGGGUGUUAUUUAGCUACAUUCUAUUCAGAGCAGACCCAUUGAAAUCACUAGAGCUAAGUUUGUCAUGCCUAUUAAUGGUAAUUGGUCUACUUUGAGUAGGAAUGCUGUGAGAUACACCCCAUAGCUUCUUGGGACAGGGGCUCUGUUGCAAAAUGAGUAAUUAAUAGCAACAUCCAUGCUUAAUGGUGUGGGGGUGGGGCUUCUGUUGAUGCUUUGUGUGCUGAACAAGUUUGUUUACUCUCUGUCUUUCUCCUGCUGCAGAUCGCCGUGGAGCAACAAAUAUGACCCUCCUCUGGAAGACGGUGCCAUGCCAUCUGCCCGCCUGCGCAAACUGGAGGUGGAAGCGAACAACGCCUUUGACCAGUACAGAGACUUGUAUGUAGGCUUGUGCUAUCAUCUCUCUGGGUGUUUGUGUCCAUUAUCCUCCGGGCAAGAAUGAAUCCUUUUGAUUUCUUUAAGAUGGUGACUUAGCGGACAGCUCAGUCAGUAGAGCACAGGACCUUUAAUCUCAGGGUUGUGGUUCAAGUCCCACAUUGGGCGAAAAGAUUCCUGCAUUGCAAGCGGUUGGACUAGAUGACUCUCGUGGUCCCUUUCAAUUAAAAAAAAAAAAAAGGAAAAAAAGAUGGUGACUUACCACAGCAGUGGUAGCCAACAUGGCUUUUCCAGAUGUUGUUGAACUCCCAUCAGCCCCAGUUACCAUGGCCCAGUGAUCAGGGAUGGUGGUAGUUGGAGUCCAGCAGUAUCGGGGUGGCACCAGACUCCCCAUCCUUGUAGUGAUGUAGAAUAAUGAUGCAGGUAGCUAUGGGCAGUAAAGACAAGUGACAGUCUGGUUCAGGGAUGGGGGAACUUGCAGCCCCGGAGAUAUUGUUCAACUCCUUUCUGCCCCAGCCACCAUUGCCAGUGAUCAGGACUGAUGGGAGUCAUAGUCUAUAGUGAUAUUGGGAGGCCACCAUGUUGGUUUAGAGCAUAAGAUUUUUAGGAGCAAGUCGUACCUCCUCCCUGCCUCCCUGCUUGUUAUCCCCUUUAUUUUUGCAGCUUGCUUUGAUAGAAGGAUGUGGAUUUUUCCAUCGGAGGGAGUUUGUCUUCAGUCCCUCCUAAGGCACUGUUGUUGGCUCUCUCUCCACUUUGUGACGUUGCAGACGGGCUUAGAUGAAAAUCUAAACCAGCCCCUGAGUUUAACAGGAAGCAACCUGCUGCCACAGGUUUGGGAAGCGUUGGAAUAACAAGCAUGUAGUCUUCAGCAGCCAGGAUGGAAAGAGAUUUUUUCCCCCACCAUCAGAUUGGAUCUUCCAGGUGGCAGCUUAGAUUUGAAAAGGGUGCUUGCUUAGAAAUGGGGGCAUGUUAGAUGCAAAACCCCAUUCUCAACACGAAGGCAACCUCUCAUCCUCUGACAAAAGGGCAUUCCGCUUUGAUUUUUGAGAUGAUAGGCUGGCAAAGACUGGUGGGGGUGUAACUACAAUUUAUUAUUUAUUUGUAUUCAUAUACAAAUCACACACACACACACACACCAGAGUCUGGCUUUCUGGUGUCCAUGUGGGCCACUCUGGGCAACUGACAAUGACUGACUGCAUCACAUAGUUUGGGUUGUUUUAAAAGAAAUUGAACAAAUUCAUAGAGGAGGAGGAAGCUAUCAGCAGCUGCUAACCAGGAUGGCUACUCGGGACUGUUCUCCUCCUCACGGGCAAGUGUUCACGCCUUGCCUCUUUCAUAGCCACACGCCAACAACCUGCAAUACCCAAAACAUGUUUGUAAGCAGUAUAGGAAAGAGCUCAGAGAGAGAAAGUUUUUGUCUGCCGCUCUGUUUAAGCUGGAGGGAGUAACAGGCUUAUUACUAAAGAGUGACCACAAAUGGGAGAAUUUGGAUUGUGAGAGCGAGACGUGUGCUUUCAAGGUCGGAAGUGGGAGCAGGAUUCAAACAGAAAUUCCAGAUGGCCAGGUUCCUGCCUCCCCCCCCCCCCUCAAUUUGAUAAUCUUGUAGGUUCCAUGGCGAGGCCAGUGUCCGGGGUAUUGUUUGCAACAAAUGAGGUACUUGUUGGCAGCAGUGCUGUAAUAUUUGACUGGCUGAGGCCUUCUGCGGAAGAUGCUUCUUUGUUGUCAUUCAGGGUUUGUUAAACUGUGGAACUCAUUCAUGCAGGAGGCAGGGAUGGUCUCCAACCUAGAUGCCUCUAGGAUUGGACAAAUUCAUGGAGGAAAGGACUAAUGGUGACUACAACCUCGAUGGCUGUGCUCUGCCUUCGUAAUGUUUUUGAAUACUGUACCAGUUUCUGGAAACCUCACAAGAUGAAAGAGCUCUUGUACAGUGGUACCUUGGGUUAAGAACUUAAUUCGUUCCGGAGGUCCGUUCUUAACCUGAAACUGUUCUUAACCUGAAGCACCACUUUAGCUAAUGGGGCCUCCCUCUGUUGCCGCCCUGUCACCGCACGAUUUCUGUUCUCACCCUGAAGCAAAGUUCUUAACUCGAGGUACUAUUUCUGGGUUAGCGGAGUCUGUAACCUGAAGCGUCUGUAACCUGAAGCGUCUGUAACCUGAGGUACCACUGUACUUCGGUCCUCCUUGCAGCUUUCCCACGAGCACCAAGUCAGCCACUGUGAAUAAAGGCCUGGUUUUAAAUAGACAGGAAGUGUUUUUUUUAAUAGACAGUGUUUUUUUUAAAAAAGACAGGAAGUUGCCUUAUACCGAGUUGUACUGCUCAGUACUGCCACAACACUGACUGGCAGCUGUUCUCCAGGGUUUCCGGCAGGGUCUCUCCCAGCCUACCUGGGGACUGAACCCGGGUCCUUCGGCACGCAGAGCAGAUGCGGUCCCACUGAACUGCAGCUCUUUCCGCUUAGUAAUGCUUGCAGCUCUCUUCCCUUUUAAGUUAAUGAGCCUGUCUUCUGCCACAGGAACACAAAGUGUGUGGAGCAGCUGUGGCUCUGGAUGCAUUUAUCCGCUUUACUUUCCAUGCCGUCGUCUUCCUGUGGGGCGGCGGGGAAAGGGGCUUGAGCGGGAGGAUGGAUCCAAUUGUGGAACGCAAUCAUCCCUGAUUGUUUUGAAAGCAGGGGCCUUAGAAAUGAGCUGAGAUCGUCUCCCUGGCAGGAAAGCUAUUGAUCUCUUGGCCGGUCCCAAAACAAAUGCCUCUUGACGGGGCGUGACGGCUAUUGGCCAGAUGAGCAAUAUGGCAGAAACUGGUUUCCAUCAUCAACAAACGGCACAUGUCGCCUCCUAUUUUGUUUCAGUGCCUCGGUUUUUCGUUUAAAAAAAAAGUUCACAUGAGACAGCGCCAUAUGUUCUCGUUGUCCUAGUGGUUCAUAAUCUUUUGUUCAUGCAGAGGAGAUUUCAACGUGCUACCACUAAGGUGGAGGUCCUAGGCGGCCCUCUAGAUGUUGGCAGGUCCCAACCCCCUUCCCAGACUCAGCCAGCCUGGGUGAUGGUCAGGGGGAUGAUGGAAGGCAGAGUGCAUCAACAUAUGGAAGGCCACAGGCUGCCGAUCCCUGCAGGAAAAAAGGGAAUACAGAGUUCCAUAGUGCCUCCCCAUGGAAGGUAGAGCAAGUUAGUUUUCUGCUGCUCCGACCUGCUGCUCACUAGACAACCCAAACCACUGAAAUCAAAUUACAAGAAAAGAGAUUCCAACUAAACAUUAGGAAGAGCUUUCUGAUGGUAAGAGCUGUUUGACUGCCUGGGAAGGUUGUGGGCUCAGCUUCUUUGGAAUCAAGAGGUUGAAUGGCCAUCUGCCAGGGAUUCUUAGCUGUGAUUCCUGCGUUGUAGGGGGUGGACUGGAUGACCCUUGGGGAUCCCUUCCAGCUCAACAAUUCUGUGAAACUGUAGCUGUAGGCUGGGGCGGGCAGUCGGUCUCUGCUUCCUUGCAGUGUAACGCCGAACACUCCCCCCCCUUCCCUUUCCGCCCGCCGCGAGCGCUUUCCCCACCACCUCUCCGCCAUCUGUCUCUGGAUGUGAAUCAAGCAUGGCCAAACCUGAGAGACUCAACCAGCAAAGCCUUUUGAAGUGGGUUUAUUGCCCUUGGCUCAUGGCUCCUAAACCCCUUGUGAUGAUCUACCUCCCCUGUCUCUGCUCGGGCACAAUAAUUUGCCACAGCUUUGGCAGCUGGGGCCCUGCCGGAUUGAAUCCAGAUGCCACAGCCCCAGAGAAAGUUGGGCUCCUUUCCCUCUCCCCCCCCCCCCAAUAUUUUCUAGCCAGGUCUUUGCACAAGGGAGUCCAGAGCUGGGUUUGUGUUGCCUGCAAGAUUUUUCCUCUUCAGCUUUGACUGACUUUUUAAAGUUAAGCAGCAACACAUAUACAAUGAAAGAAGCUCCCCACAUCCAACAGUAACUGCAUUUAGCACUUGUGGUGCAUCAUUUUACACAAACCACACACACACACACACACACACACACACGUGUGUUAUUUACUGGUAUUGGUGUGCACCCUCUGUUAAGAGCAGUAGUCUUCAUUCCCCAUUCCCCGAGCUGGGACCCUGCUUCUAACUCAAACACGCAUUUGGGGAACUGUUUUUAAAUUAUUCUUCGCUGUACAUUUAUACUGUGGAAGUUCUGCUGUUGCAAUCCACGUAAAAAUCCGCCUUAGACCAAGUUCUGAGGAGCUUAGAAUCUAAGAUUCAUUGCAGGGGGAGGUCAGGGAAGUCCAGGCAACAGUGAUCUGACAAGUAAUAUGCUGUUGCUUCAGCUGAAUUGGGGCUGAGCAUGAAAAUUAAAAAAUAGAUAUUACGUGGAAGGAAAUGGGAAGAGACGUAGCUAGCCAAAUAAAAACCACAAAAUGCCCCACUCGUGGUAGGAGAGGCUCCAUUGCCAAAAUAGGUGAGUGUCAGAUGCCCGCCUUGUGGCUUCCCGCCUUGGAAGCACUGGCCGACUUUGGACGCAAUGCUAAGCACCCCUCUGUUGCGUCUGAAUCCGCCCUUUGUUCUUCCAGGGCCGACUGCCUCCCUGUGCAGUCAGAGCUGCCCAGCUGCCGGCCAGAUGUGCACUCUUUUAAGCAUACCUGGCAUGGAGGACAUACAUACCUAACCGGAUUGGUAUGUUUGCUCGAGGGCUGCUUUUGCACCUGUGUGCCUGCUGGAAAGAAUUUGCCGAAUACCUGCGCAGGGACCCACAGGCACUGUUUUGGGACGGAUUUGCUUAAGUUGCGGGGGAGGUGAAGGAACAACUGGACCGAAGAGGCUUAUUUUUCUCUCCCCUUCCUGCUUUUACCAUCUGUGGAAAGCUCAUGGUGUGUGUGUGUGUGUGUGUGUGUGUGUGUGUGUGUGUACUGAAUGUUACAGAAUAUAUGGUGGUGUUUUGGGGACUCCUAUCUAGGCUCUGCCCAGACCCAACUUUUGCUUGGCAAAGUGUCUGUGCCAUUUACCUUCAGAUCAGGACAGUGGUACAUGGCUUUAAUAUUUGCAUCCUGGUUUUCUGUAAUCAUAGAAGGGACCAUGAGGAUCAUCUGGUCCAAACCCCUGCAGUGGAGGAAUCUUUUGCCCAAUGUGGGGCUUGAUCUCAAGAUCCUGAGAUAAAAAGUUUCAUGCUAUCAUGAAAUGAAGUAAAUGGGAUCAAAGCAGCUUACAGUAACAGCAUUUAUUGAUUUUACUUAUGUAUAGCAUUUAUAUCCCGCCUUUUUCUCCAGGGAGCACAAGGUGACAUACAGUGGUACCUCGGGUUACAUACGCUUCAGGUUACAUACGCUUCAGGUUACAUACUCCGCUAACCCAGAAAUAGUGCUUCAGGUUAAGAACUUUGCUUCAGGAUGAGAACAGAAAUCUUGCUUCGGCGGCGCGGCGACAGCAGGCGGCCCCAUUAGCUAAAGUGGUGCUUCAGGUUAAGAACAGUUUCAGGUUAAGUACGGACCUCUGGAACGAAUUAAGUACCGUAUUUUUUGCUCUAUAAGACUCACUUUUUCCCUCCUAAAAAGUAAGGGGAAAUGUGUGUGCGUCUUAUGGAGUGAAUGCAGGCUGCGCAGCUAUCCCAGAAGCCAGAAUAGCAAGAGGGAUUGCUGCUUUCACUGCACAGCGAUCCCUCUUGCUGUUCUGGCUUCUGAGAUUCAGAAUUUUUUUUUUCUUGUUUUCCUCCUCCAAAAACUAGGUGCGCCUUGUUGUCUGGUGCGUCUUGUAGAGCGAAAAAUACGGUGCUUAACCCGAGGUACCACUGUACAUGGUUUCCCCCUUCCUCAUUUAAUCUCCUCAACAACCCUGUGAGGUAGGUUAGGCUGAGAGGCAGUGAUUGGCCACAGUAUCACCCAGGGAGCUUUAUGGACGAGGGGGGAUUUGAACCCUGGUUUCCCAGGUCCUUGUCUGACAUGCUAAUUCCACAACACUGGUUCUGUAGAUCUCCUGGCCUUGGAAGAUGACAAAGGCAAUUAGGGAAGGAGAUAAAACAAGACUUAGAAAAGUAAGCACUGUGUGGGAAAGGUGGGGGGCAGCACUUUUCUCCCUCUCUUGGCCUACUGACAACUACCCAUUUACACACGGUCAGCACACAUGUGCUAUUUUCGGCACUGGAAAGGGACAGGACGGGCUUGCACACACCCCACUGACACACAUGGUGCCUCAGAACGCAACCCCCGCGUAAAUGAGGAGUUUCUCUGCUGGAUCAGGCCAGUGGCCCACCUGACCCAGCAUCCUCUUCUCACAGUGGCCAACCAGAUGGCUGUGAGAAACCAAGCAGAAUUCAAGCACAAUACCCCCUCGCUUUCCUGUGGUUUCCAGCAACUGCUAUUCAGAAGCAUUAAAAAGGUAAAGGGACCCCUGACCAUUAGGUCCAGUUGUGGCCUACUGGGGUUGCAGCGCUCAUCUUGCUUUAUUAGCCAAGGGAGCCGGCGUACAGCUUCCGGGUCAUGUGGCCAGCAUGACUAAGCCGCUUCUGGUGAACCAGAGCAGUGCACGGAAACGCCGUUUACCUUCCCGCCGGAGCAGUACCUAUUUAUCUACUUGCACUUUGACGUGCUUUCGAACUGCUAGGUUGGCAGGAGCAGGGGCCGGGCAAUGGAAGCUCACCCCGUCGCGGGGAUUCGAACCGCUGACCUUCUGAUCGGCAAGUCUUAGGCUCUGUGGUUUAACCCACAGCGCCACCCGCGUCCCUAUUCAGAAGCAUUGCUGUCUCCCAACUGUGGCAGCAGAAGAUGGCAAUUGUGGCUAGUAGGUAGCCCCUCUCCUCUAUGAAUUCAGCACUGGGAAAGAAAACUGGAGCCCUCUGACAUUUGCAACGGCAGGAAAAAACCCCACCACACCGAGCCAGUGCCGGCACUCAGAGAUCAGCGUGGUUCCAAGCCACAGAACAGCAACUUGGCUGGGUUUUUUUUGCCUUGCCGUCCACAUCCCCCCUGCCCAGCGGGGUGGACCUGAGGCACUAGCUCCAGUCAGCUCCAAACCAACUUGAAAUAGCAUGUUAGUAUUUAAAACAAUAUUAAUGCUAGAUUUGAUUCAUUAAAGGUACAAAGGCCGUCCUGAGUGUUUCCAUGUGUGCGCUUGUUAGUUCUGGCUGGAAGCAUUCCCUCCGACGGCUUUAUGUGGUCUCGGACAACGUUUUAGCACGUUCUUAAAAUAUGCCCGCAAAAGCCUUUAUGCAGAAUCUCAUAAAUGUGAAGCGUGUAAAAAUUAGAGCGCCUCUCUCUUGCUCUCCCCCCCCCCGGCCCCAUUUCAUGUCAUUAGGAUCAAAGUACAGAUUUGUAAGGUAUGGCGUAUUCCUUGUAGUGGACCCUUUUGCCUCCUAAUUAAUAUCUCGUGCUCCGAACAACCUGGUAAAAUGUGUAAUUGCAACAAAUGGAGAAGGCUGGUUUGGGAGGGAGGCCGUACACCAGUCUUUCCUAAAUUUCUGAAUAGAUUUUGGUCGUGUGUGUUGUUUUCGGUUUGAAGUGGGAGACGGACUUCUUUCUUUCGUUGAACGUGGGGUGGGGAACGUUGCGGGGUGGGGAAGAAAGCCUGCUCCUCUGUCGGGCUGUAGUUCAGCAAUAGAGCCCAUCCUUUGUGUGCAGAAGGUCCUGAUUUUGAUACCUGAAGUCUCCAGGUAUGGCUGGGGAUGACCUCACCUGAAACCCUGGAGAGCCGCUGCCAGUCAGUAUAGACAGUAUUGGACUCAACAGACUUGCUGUCUGACACUCCAGAGGGCAAAUCCCUAUGUUCUAUUUAAAUUGCCCCUUUAUUCUGAACCAUGAGGGCUAGAAUCCUGCUUUAUUUUUAGGGGGAAGUGGUAGAGCAUCUGCCUUGCAUGCAGGUGGUCCCAGGAUGACAGGGAUGUUGUGAAUGGCCUCUGCCUGACUCAGUGCAGAUAUUCUUUGAACUGACAAGGAGCCUUUUGCUAUUUAACAAUUAUUCAGCUGAAGCUAACUGAUCUGCAGUGGUGGUGGGCAGGCUUGCAGGAUCUAUUUUGACCAUUGCAAGCCAUGCCUAAAAGUUUUGCUGGAUUAGACCAAGAUGGUUUCAUCCUGUCUAGCUCCCUGCAGUGGCCCUCCAGUUGCUUCUGGGAAGGCCAGAAGCAGGAAUAUGAAGGCAACGGCCCCCCACAUCAUAAAAUUAUUAUGCAGAGUGUCCCUUUAGGUUUCAUGCUUGAGAACAUUCAAAGAGCCCUGCUGGAUUUGGACCCAGUUGGGAUCCAGCAUCCUGCGUCCCACACUGACCCUAACCAGAUGAUUCUAGGAAGCCCAUAGGCGGAACUUGAGUGUCAUAGCCCUCUCUUCCUACCUUCCACAGACACUUCAGACUUGACCAGGCUUUGCACCAGCAUCUGGCAUCCCAAGGGAUGCCGCCCCUGAACAUAGAGGUUUGAUUUCUCUAUCAUUUCUAGAUGAUAGAAAUGAUAGAGCCAUUGCUAGAUCUGCCCUCCACUUCCACAGCAUUUUAAAUCCCUCUUCUUAAAGCCAUCUAACAGUCAUUGCUGCAAAUCCGACAAACUGCGUUGUGUAAAAAAAGGGGUCUUUGUUUUGUUUGACCUCGACCCAUCCCCAGACAAACUCCCCGGUUCCAGGGUUUUAUGUACGAGAGGAAGGAAAAGUUACUUUUCCACAACGUACAUGAAUUAGUAUACCUCUAUCUUUCCAUUCUCCUACCCCAAUUUGUUACUGUCCUCAGGAGCAACUCAACAAACACCCGUUUGUGGGUAGAUUUCGUGCUGCUUUGGUUCUGCAGGGUCAGAUUCAGACAACCCUUCAGUCCCGACACCCUCCGUUGUUUGCACUCAGGUUGCUUUGAAUGGAGGUGUGGGUGUUUCCGUGAAGGCUUCAGCAUGCGCCAGACAGAGCGCCCAGGAAUUCUGUCAGCCAGACUUUGCCUGUUGUGCUUAGGGCAGUGUGCAAGAGAUACCAGCAAAGGUGUCAACUAGGUCAGCAGAAGAGCAGGUGUGAGAGGCUCACGUACAAAGCAGCUCAAGUGUAGCAGCUUUUGCAGAAAACAAAAACAGGAAAAAACCCUCCCAAACUUUUUGCAGGCACAAGAGAAAUGGCAUUCACAGUUCGAACCAGCUCUCUGCGUUCCACACUGGACGCCAGGUGGAGGAACAUUUAAACCCAGUCGUGGGACCUCUGUUCUGCAAAGGCUUUCGACUUGGCUGCAAAUCUGCAAUAAAUCAAAAUAUCGCCUCUCUCUCUCUCUCUCUCUCUCUCCCCACACACAACGGAGGGCCUGCAGAGCCAGGCUGCCACGUACCUCUUGUUCCCUUUAGUCUUAAUUAGGCAACCUCACUGUAAAAAGGUGGGCGGAGGGGAGGAAGAGAGUCUCCCAGCCCACACUGUUUAGCAGCGACGAGAGAAAAGAGAGCUUGGGAAGAACUGAGCUGUAAAAAUGCUGGUUUUAAGUUUCAGCUGUGCUCUUUAACAGCUUGUUGCCAUUAAUUGGAGUCGAUGGCAUUGUGCAGGUUUGAGUGGGAUCCUGACAAUGACAGAAUGGAGGGAGUUGCCUUCCACUGCACAACUCUUUGCAGAAAAAGGUUCUCCAAGCCGUCCUACGGAGUCAAACUAUGGUGGUAGGAGGUUUGCUGAGCACUGAAGCCCCUGUCCACUGGAAUCCUUCCUUGCUAACCCCCCCCCCCCAAAAAAAAAAGAAUUAUUGGGAUUUCAGGAGGUACAGCUGCAUGAGGGCUAGAAACUUGCUUUACAAAAGAAAAGAAAAAAGAAAAAUGAGAUUUUUCAGGAAGCUGCUUCACCUGGUCUGUAUUCUCUCCUUUCUCCUAUCAAUUUACACCAGACGCUUAGCUGUGCGGCUUUGGAGCUGAUCUUUAUAUACAUACAUGCAUAUGCAUGCACAGUGCACAUACAAAUAUAUACAUACAUAGAUAUUUAUAAUAAAUGGUGAUGGAGUGAUUAUGCUUUGCUCUGUUCUGUUCUGCCCUGCUCUGCUCCUUACAAAGCUGAUCAGCUGGUCUCUCUCUGUUUUGACUGCAGGUAUUUUGAAGGCGGCGUUUCCUCCGUCUACCUCUGGGAUCUGGAUCACGGAUUUGCUGGCGUGAUUCUAAUUAAGAAAGCUGGCGAUGGAUCAAAGAAGAUCAAGGGGUGCUGGGAUUCCAUCCAUGUGGUGGAAGUUCAGGUACAGCCUGGUCGGUCGGUCGGUCUCUCUCUCUCUCGGGCAACUGGCGGUUCCUGAGGAGGGGAGAGAAGUCCUUGUUAAAUUCCAGGCAGCUAAUGAGUGCAGGUGCUCAGCCAAACAAUGCGAUAUUGUUUCAGGCUCAUAAACUCCCCCUGCCACCGCUGCUCUUGAUCUCCCCCUCACUGCCUCCCCUCUGCAAAAAAAACACACACCCUCCUAUUAAUAUUGGAAACCGCUCCGAAGCCGUUUGGGGGGAAAGGUAAAGUCAGAUCAGCAAACCCAAAAGCUCUCUUAAAGGCCAGUGAAUUGCUGCUGUUUCUCCCCGCAGCUGUCUUUCUAUGAUUUCAGCCUCCAGGUCUGUUUUCCCAGUUGGAUGGUUUAAAACAGGCCCUGGGUAUUCUGGGGAGACAAGCAGAAUUUGUCUGGCUACAACUGAAAAAGAUGCUCCCAGAUCCAAAAAAAAAAUUAAAAAAAUAUUAAAAUGUACCUUUUAAAAGCAGCUGCUUAUUAAAAGCCACAGGUAGUUGUCCUAGCGACAGGCAACAUCCUUCUGGGUCAGCAGAUUGAUGACUCCCGAGCGCAAAAGAAAAACACGUCUUUUCUUGGUUCAGUAGAGCCAAUUGAAAACCAAAGGCAUUCUGGGGGCUUUCAGGAGAUGGGCAGGAUAGAGAUGCUCUAGCCCAUUGGGGGUGGGGGAGGUUGUUGACCUCUUGCAGCCUGCAGGGAAGAAAAUAGAUGGCACACCAGCACCAGAGCAACCCUGACGUGGGGAGGGGGAAGAGACAGGCGGCUGGCUUUUAUUCAAUAGCUGUCCAUUUUCAAGAGAGGUAACUCUUUUUCCCCCUUCCCUCCAGGAGAAAUCCAGUGGCCGCACUGCCCAUUACAAGCUGACCUCCACAGUGAUGCUCUGGCUGCAGACGAACAAAACCGGCUCUGGCACUAUGAACCUUGGGGGCAGCCUCACCAGACAGGUACAAGAGCCUGCCUUCCUUCCCUCCUAAUUUUUUGGGGGGAGAAGCGAUCUUAACUAUGAAACUUGCAAGGAGUCAUGAAGUGCAUGCUUUGUUGGCCGAGAGUCCUAGGUUCAGUCCCCAGUAUCUCCAGGUGUGGCUAGGAGAGGCUCCUGGUCUGAAACCCUGGAGAAUCGUGACCGAUGAGCCCUGUAUAAGGCAGCUUCCAGUGCUACUGUGUCUUAAGUGCAGGGCUGUAGCUCAGUGGUAGAGCAUUUGCCUGGCAUGCAGAAGGUCCCAAACUUCAAUCCCUGGCUUCACCUCCAAGGGUCUGGCUCAGUAUAAGGCAGCUUCCUAUGUCUUGAAGGAACAGGCAUAGCUCAGCAGUGGAGCACCUGCUUUGCAUGCAGAAGGUCCCCGGUGCAACCUGCGCUGGCAUCUCCAGGUGUGGCUGAGAAUAUCUCCUGCCUUGAAACCCUGGAGAGCCACUGCCAGCCAGUGCAGACUGUACAGAGCUAGAUGGAUUAACUCGGUAUAACUUUCCCUCCCUUGCUGUUACUCGUAGGUACAUAAGGAAAGUCCAGAGGGAUCUAUCUGGUUGAGCCUCCUGUUGCCCACUCCUGGGUGCCCCCUGGAAAGCCACUUCCCACUAACUUUUCCAUAUAAAUUUUAUGAAAUUGAUUAAAUUCAGCCGCCUUCCUGUGCCGACAGGGGUUAGAACAACAUCAUGGCAGCCACGCUUCUUUUGUAUGGAAGUCUUAGGUAGCAGAGGUGAAUUUUAUGUCAGGGUGUGGGUUCUGCCUUUAUUCACACACUUACACACACACACACACACAGAGAGAGCAUCCUUCCUUCCACAACGGAAGGCCAGGCCAUAAAUCACUCCGGGCCUCACUGUAACGGGGAGAGCGCUGUUCUGCCUAUUCUCGGCUAUUGUAUAUUUUCACCAGGGUUUCACUUUCAAAUCGAGGCCCAUCCCGCAGAGCUCCGGGUGUCGUCCUCUGGUGAAGUGGAAGAGCAAUGGUGGACUUUGUGCGGUGGGGUCGUGGCAGGCGGAAAAGGGGGUUUGCGCCUUCCACCAGGGGGAUCUGAAGUUGCAGUGCGUCACACGCUCUGUGCUCAGGUUCUCGGUGCCCAGUUUCCUGGUGCCAGUGGGCGGUAGGGGGAGAAACUCUCCCCCUGUUUGCCAAGCAAGAGAGGAAUUGCUAAAGUCAGGUUGAGAUCCGCUGCCCCAGCCAGGGAAUUCCUCCUGUUUCUCCAUGUGAACAUUUUGGCCUUUCCGUUCCUCUGGUGACUGGAUAAUAAGACAGUGGGGAGUAGGGGAGAAUUGGGGAGGGGGCACAGCAUGAGCCAAUGGGGCAGGUCUCUAGCCCAGUCACAAGGUGGGUGAGUCAUUCCCUCCCCUUUCUGAGGGCGAGAGGCAGUUGGAACAACCCAGUUAUGAGAUAGUGGAAGAGGAAGUUCAUGGCAUGCUGUGGGAGGGAAAGAGGGAGGGAGAAAUCUUGUUCCUUUUGCCCCCUCAGGUUUUUGCUAGUUGUAUACUUUAAAAAAUAAAUACAAACGAUAAACACAAACGGGAUGGUUAUGGGUUGUCUCCAGCUAAGUCCUGCUUAGCAUAGACUGUUGAAAUUAAGGGACCUUUAUGAUCCUUGACGAUUAGUUAACUUCCAUUUUUUAAAAACAACAACAUAAAAUGAGAUUUUCAGGGUGUAGCUGUUUGCACCCAUUUACCAUGCUCUGGGUUCUAUCCUAGUGAACGCCAGUCCUACUCAGAGUAGGCCCAUUAUUGAGUUGGAAACGGGGAUGCAAAGCAGGGCUGCCAAACAGAAGAGAGAGGUGGCUUCAGAAAUGGGUCUGGAAAGGUAAAAAGGUAGCUUAGCUUUUGCCUGAGAUGGGAAGAGGAAGCUCUAAGGGGUUGAUGUUUAAGGAGUGGCAGGGAGGUUGGCAUACUGAGCCAGCAGGGGCACACACCCUUGUGUUUGUGUGUACAUACACAUGGCCCCUUGGAACACCUGGGCUGCUCAGGAAAUACGGGGGGGGGCAGAUUCUUUUCAGUGGGGGCCCUUCAGAGCAGUGCCAUAAUAUCUGCACCAUACGUGAGAAUUUUUUUCCAGCUCCUGCGGCUCUUGCCAGCAGUGUGCCCAGGUGUGGGAAGUGGUUCUGUGUGAGAGUGUGUGCGUUUUUGCAUGUAGAGAGCGGAAACUCCCAAGGGACUGUGGGCACCCUCCCUCCCCCCCCCAUGCUCACAGCAGGGCCCCACAACCUCGCCUUGCAGAUUCUGCAUUCUCUUCCAGUGCAAAAAUCCUAAACAAAACGGAGGCCGUAAUCUCUCCCCCCGCCAUUCCCCAAUUUCCCUUUUGUAUGUCAAAAACGAACUAGGGCCAGCUAAUUGGAGCUGGCGCCUUGCCACCGUGCAGGUCACAUCUUGCCUCGGAGGCUCUGACUAAAUUACACGCCCCGUCGGGCCCAGCAGACACACUUGGCUUGCGCUGGUCUCCCCCCCCCCCCCCCCGCCGCCCCCGGGCUGGUUUUGCAAGCAGAGGGAGAAAGACCUGCAAGUGCCUCUCUCCUCCCUCUCCUCCACUCCCCCCUGCAAACUUCCCGUCCCGUGGUUCUGGGGGAGCUCCAAACAGCUGGGCGAGAGUCUUCCAGGGACGAUCAGAAGCCUCUUUUGAAACCCCUUGGUUGUCUUGACCCGAGAGUUCUUUUUUCUCAAAGGGCUUUGUCCAACACAGCAUAAGAACAUAAAAGAGCCCACUGGAUCAGGCCAGCAAGCCCGCCUAGUCCAGCAUCCUCUUCUCACAGUGGCCAGCCAGAUGCCCCAAUGCAAAGCCCACGAGCAGGACCUGAGCAGAGGAACCCUCUCCUGCUCCCCUGGUUUCCAGCAACCAGCAUUCAGAAGUAUUUGCUGCCUCCACGGCUAGUAGACACUCAUAACACACUCAUACCUCGGAAGUCGAAUGGAAUCCAUUCUGGAAGUCCGUUCAGCUUCCAAAAAUAGUUCGGAAACCGGAAAAGCCACUUCGGGGUUUGCGGCGUUCGGGAGCCAAAACGUUCGAGAACGAAGCUGUUCGAAAACCAAGGUAUGACUGUACUAAUCCUCCAUGAGUUUGCCCAAUCCUCAUUUAAAGCCCAUCCAGAUUGGUGGCGACUGCUGCCAUCUGCAGGAAUGAGUUUCAUAGUUUGUCUCUGCGCAGCAUGACAAAAGUGUCCUGAAUCCAACAUACAGCUUUAUUGGACACCCCCAAGCUCUACAGUGGUACCUCAGGUUAAGUACUUAAUUCGUUCCGGAGGUCCGUUCUUAACCUGAAACUGUUCUUAACCUGAAGCACCACUUUAGCUAAUGGGGCAUCCCGCUGCCGCCACACCGCCCCAGAGCACAAUUUCUGUUCUCAUCCUGAAGCAAAGUUCUUAACCCGAGGUAUUAUUUCUGGGUUAGCAGAAUCUGUAACCUGAAGCGUAUGUAACCAGAGGUACCCCUGUAGUGUCAUGGGGGACAACAACCCAAUCCACUUCCUCCAUGCCGUGCAUGAUUUUAUAACGAACUUUUUUCACGUCGCCUCUUAAUUGCAUUUGAUCUACUGAAAACAAAACAGGCUGGUACCUGCCUGCAUACCCACUUCUCACACGCAAGUGACCCCCAGAUUCGCUGUUGCUUAUCUUAGGCUGUGUCUGAAUCUACUCCUGCUGUUGCUGUUGCGUGCGUGCGUGUGUUUAUGAGUCUGAAAUCAUAUUAUCUUAGCGCCGAUGCAUUUCAGACAACGUUGCAAUUAUCAUUAAUCUUGUUUUCGUUUGCUUGUGUGCCGCACCUUGAUGGCUCCGGAAAUGAGUCCGAUAAAACUGCUGGUAAUAAACCAAGAGGCAAAAUUACGCAGUGAUCUCACACCUCCUGAGUCAUGCAAAAUGACAGCUUUAUGCAGAGUCAGCCCUUUGGGGGCAUCUAGCUCAGGACAGGUACUGGUAGUUCCCCAGGCUUUUUGGGGGCCAACUCUAGUUUCACAAACCGAUCCCCACUUUCCCCUACACUAAGGUAAAAGGACCCCUGACCAUUAGGUCCAGUCAUGGCCGAGACUGGGGUUGUGGCGCUCAUCUCGCUUUAUUGGCCGAGGGAGCCAGCAUACAGCUUCCGGGUCAUGUGGCCAGCAUGACUAAGCCGCUUCUGGCGAACCAGAGCAGCGCACGGAAAUGCCGUUUACCUUCCCGCCGGAGCGGUACCUAUUUAUCUACUUGCACUUUGACGUGCUUUCGAACUGCUAGGUUGGCAGGAGCAGGGACCGAGCAACAGGAGCUCACCCUGUGGCGGGGAUUCGAACCACCGACCUUCUGAUCGGCAAGCCCUAGGCUCUGUGGUUUAACCCACAGCACCACCCGCGUCCCUCCCCCUACACUACCCUCCAUAAAAAGCAUUAUUUGGAAAAGCGGUUUGCACAGCCCAUGAAGGAAGAAAAUACAGUGGUACCUCGGGUUAAGUACUUAAUUCAUUCCGGAGGUCCGUACUUAACCUGAAACUGUUCUUAACCUGAAGCACCACUUUAGCUAAUGGGGCCUGCUGCUGCGCCCCUGGAGCACGAUUUCUGUUCUCAUCCUAAAGCAAAGUUCUUAACCUGAAGCACUAUUUCUGGGUUAGCAGAGUCUGUAACCUGAAGCGUAUGUAACCUGAAGCGUAUGUAACCCGAGGUACCACUGUAACAAUAAAUUUCUGACUGGUGAACAAUUAUGAAUUGCACACUUAUUCAAAAUCCAGUUUAAAACUGUUCAGUUUAAUGAAUGCAACAAAAUGGAUGAAGUUGAUCCAGGGAUACCAACUUUCCAAAGUCUGGUGGUCAUUUAUAGCUUCAGCGCCCCCUGCCUCUUAGCACCUCUGUAGGUAAUCCCACCUGCCCCCAGGGGGCAGUACUACCCAUUGACUGGUGGUGGCUGCCCUGGUAUUCAGACCAGGGUCUCUCCCAACUCUACCUGGAGAUGUCAGGGAUUGAACCUGGGACCUUCUACAUGGAAAAGAGAAGUUCUACCACUGAGCUACAGCCCUUUCCUUAAGUAGUUGUUAUUAUUGUUGUUAAUUCAGUUUGUAUAUAGUGGUGCCCCGCAAGACGAAAAACUCGCUAGACGAAAGAGUUUUCCAUUUUUUGAGUCGUUCCGCAAGACGAAUUUCCCUAUGGGGUUGCUUCGCAAGACAAAACGUCUUGCUAGUUCUUGCGAGUUUGUUUCCUUUUUCUUAAAGCCGCUAAGACGUUAAUAGCUGCUAAGCCGCUAAGCCGUUAAUAGCCGCUAAGCCGCUAAGCCGCUAAUAGCCGUGCUUCGCAAGACAAAAAAACCGCAAGACGAAGAGACUCGCGGAACGGAUUAAUUUCGUCUUGCGAGGCACCACUGUACUGCUCUCCAUCCAUCCAUCUGGUCUAGGGAACCGCCUACUAACAGGGCUGGGGAAUACCUGACUUUCAACAUUGCGAUAUAUCAGCUGCUAAAUACCACGAUAUGCUGAUAUAUCACGAUGCUGGAAUGCCUACAUUGGCUCCCAGUACGUUUCCGAGCACAAUUCAAAGGGUUGGUGCUGACCUUUAAAGCCCUAAACAGCCUCGGUCCAUUAUAUCUGAAGGAGUGUCUCCACUUCCAUUGUUCAGCCCGGACAACUGAGGUCCAGCUCCGAGGGGCCUUCUUGUGGUUGCCUUUGCUGCAAGAAGUGAGGCUACAGGGAACCAGGCAGACGGCCUUCUCGGUAGUGGCGCCUGCCCUGUGGAAUGCCCUUCCAUCAGAUAUCAAGGAAAUAAACAACUAUCUGACUUUUAGAAGACAUCUGAAGGCAGCCCUGUUUAGGGAAGGUUUUAAUGUUUGAUGUUUUAUCGUGUUUUUAAUAUUCUGUUGGGAGCCGCCCAGAGUGGCUGGGGAAACCCAGCCAGAUGGGCAGGGUAUAAAUAAUAACGUUGUUGUUGGUGUUGGUAUAAAUAAUAACGUUGUUGUUGUUGUUUUGUUGUUGGUAUAAAUAAUAACGUUGUUGUUGUUGUUGUUGUAUAUUGGCUGCUGCUUCCCACCUUAGGGGAGGAAGAAGCAGCCAAGAUACAUAGCCCAGCCCUACACAAUGAGUGAGCCCCAAUGCCUCUCAGGCUCACAUUGAAGCCGGAAGAGCAUUGGGGCUUUGUUGAACUGCUCAGCGUGCCGGGCUUUGGUGGUGGAGGGACUCAGGAGUGGCAGCAGUUUCACUCAUGUUAUACAGCCAAGUGAAGGCGCCACCGUUCUCUGGUCCUCAAGCCAGUCCUGAGCGAUGCCUCAAGCAGCCUUCCCUUUCUCUCCUCUAUCCCCAGUGUUCUUCCUCCUUCCAGACUCCCAAACAGGUGAGCUCUAACCAGUGUAACCUCUGUGGUGUUGACUUCCCUCUUAACCAGAUUUUUCUUCCUUCCCUGUUCCAGAUGGAAAAAGACGAGACUGUGAGCGACUCCUCUCCACACAUAGCCAACAUUGGGCGCUUGGUAGAGGUAGGUCCUGACAAGGUGGGUGGGAAGGGAGUCAAGAUUCAGGGUGCCCUCUUCUACCCUGUUGCCGACCCCCCCCCCAAUCUCCCAAGAGGCCGGGACAGUUGAGUUGAGUCUUCAUGUGGGGUGGAAAGCCCCCAUUUCCUCCCUGGAAUUCAUCCACCUUCUUACAACACUAGUCUUGCACCUAGCAGCCCAUGGGCCAAAUCAGCCCAAAUUUAACAAUUUGCUUACCGCUCUCCUAUAUGGUGGCUAAAUGGAACUUUUUGGCUUCAGCUAACGCAUCUACAGCUAGAGCCCAGCCCCCUUGCUGGUUAUUUUUGCAUCUUGUGGAAACUUAAAUUCUACCAUUUUGUGUCCUUUAUUUAAAUUUUCGAGGUUGUAGCCAAUGAAAUUAUACUUCAGGGUAGGUCUGAUGAAAUGAACAUUAGUCUUGAGGACUAGUAACUUCCAUUUUUUUAAAAAAAGAAAUGGGAGAGAUUCUCAGGCUGCAGUGGUUUGCAGCUAGAUCCCACACUUUGGGUUGUAUCUAACAAAGGUCAUCUUGGGGUAGACCUGUUGAAAUGAAUGAACCUUAAGUUAGUCUUGAGGACUAGUAACUUCCAUUUUCUAAAAAGCAAGAAACGAGAUCCUUAGAGUAUGCCGGUUUGCACCCAGAUACCACACUCUGGGUUGUAUCCAGCUAAGUUCAACUCAGAGUUGACCUGUUGAAAUUAAAUUAACAGGGUGGGGGGAAGCUCUUGAUGGCUACUAGCUAGGAAGGCUAUGCUCUACAUCAGGGGUCAGCAAGGUUUACCUCACCUGGGCCAGUUCACUCCCGCGGAGAUCGCUCCGUGGGCUGGAUCGCGCCUGCGCAGACACGAUUUCCGGCACCUGCGCAGACGCGAUUUUUGGUACCACGAAAGCGAGUCCCCGCUCCAUGCUGUGCUGGUUUAUUGCAGCGCGCGGGGACUCACCAAGUGGGUGGCUCAGUUUUGGGGCAGCUCAGGGGCCGUUUAAACGACCCCCCUUGGGCCACUUGUGGCUCAUGGGCUGCAGGUUGUCAACCCCUGCUCUACAUGCAGAGUUGGAGGCAAAAGUGCUUCUCAUCACCUCCGGAGGGGAGCAAGUGCUCUUGUGCUUAGAUCCUGUUUUACAGGUAUGAUGAACUAGCACCCUCUUGGACUCUCUCCCUGGCAUGCUAGUUCAUCAUACCUGUAAAACAGCCAUGCCCUCCCUCCCUCUUUUCUCUCAAAAUAUAUGGCUCCCACUGGCUGCUGUUCUUUUAAAGGUCACACCGCCCGGCAAGUAGGCGCCUCCUUUCUCUCCAAAAAUGUCAAUGCACCCUGUUAACACCCUGACAAGAAUGUCUGUUGGCUGUGUGUCCCUUGGCCUCCUCCUGAUUGCCAAGGCUAGGGCAGACUUGAAAGGGCAAAUGAGACAGAGUGGGAGAGCAUCUUGUUCAUUUUGGGGAAGCAUUGCUUUUUGGGACUCCCAACUUUUUUGUUCGUUUUUGCGUUUAAAAAGAUCAGGGGGGAGUCAGGGUGCCACACUUGGGCAGGUUACACCCCCCCUUCCCAUUUUACCUGCACAAUUCCCCUCGGAGGCUGGUUAAGGAGAGAAAGAAAGGCUUGCCCGAGGCGUAAAUGGCUCAGUGAAGACUCCAAUCCAGGUUCCCUUGGUUCAGAUUCAACACUGCUCAUUAUGCUGCUCUGUCUGCCUCUCUUUCUCCUGCCUAUCACAGCCUUCAGUAGUUAAAAGAUCCUUAGUCACCCCACCUGUUUGCUUGACUGUUGGGGAUCCAGCUAGACUUAAACCCAACCUCAUCUUUGAGGUUGUAUAGGCCCCAACUGCACCAUGCAUUCAAAGCGGUCUCAUGCCACUGCCCUGGUGUCCCCCAAGGAAUUCUGGGAGCCUCUUAAAGGUGCUGAGAGUUGUUAGGAGACCUCCCCAAUAUUCCCCUCCCAGAGCUACAGUUCCCAGGGAAGAGGGCUUGAUUGUUAAACCACUCUGGGAAUUGUAGCUCUGGGAGGGGAAUAGGGGAUCUCCUGACACCUCUCAGCACCCUUAACAGACUACAGCUCCCAGGAUUCUUUGUGGAAAGCAUCGCUGUUGAAAGUGGUACGAUAUUGCUUUAAAUGGACCCACAAUUCCUGACUUGAAUUGCAGCGGGUGUUUGCUUGCAUGGGUGCCUGCUGCCUUCUAGUGGCAGGGAUUACAACGUUCUGUCUCUUGUUUUAAAACCUUAAUGUUUAUUCCUACACAUUUGUUUUUCAGUUCCCUUGCUUCUCUCUCAUUUAUUUUAAACAUGCCACUUUGGGGUUUAUUUUUCUUGCUGAAGGCAAUAAGCCCCAUUAAGAACAUCGUCUCCUCAAAAUGAUUCUGUGGUUUAAAUUGGCCUUUUCCCCUUGCCAGUUUAAAUGCUUUUGAUUUCAGUACAUCCAUCCUGCCAGCCAUUACAAGGCAAAAAGGAGGGUUUUAUUUUUAAAAUACAGUGGUACCUCGGGUUAAGAACUUAAUUCGUUCCGGAGGUCUGUUCUUAACCUGAAACUGUUCUUAACCUGAAGCACCACUUUAGCUAAUGGGGCCUCCUGCUGCCGCUAUGCCACCGCUGCACGAUUUCUGUUCUCAUCCUGAAGCAAAGUUCUUAACCUGAGGUACUAUUUCUGGGUUAGCGGAGUCUGUAACCUGAAUGUAACCCAAGGUACCACUGUACUUGGAUGGAGUGUGGGCUUCAGUGUGUACCAAUGUCUGAGGGGGCGUCAUGCUGCAACGCAGAGCAAAGCAGUUCUGUUUUUAAGGGGAAAGGCGCAGCAAACAUCACCUGGUUCCUUUUCACCUGAAAGUUUUUCACAGGUGUGUUCCUGUGAUGGGUCAUCUUCCAGGCCCUCUACCUUGCUUCUGCCACUUCCUCUAGGGUGGAAACUAGCACUUUGAACUGAUUGUGGAUUCUCUCUCUCCCCGCCUCCUCCACCCCAUUUCUAGGACAUGGAGAAUAAAAUCAGAAGUACGCUGAAUGAGAUUUAUUUUGGGAAAACGAAGGACAUUGUUAAUGGACUGAGGUAAGGGAUGGACUGCAACUUUGCGGUUGUUUUUGUUCUUCUCCCCUCCCCUCCCUCCUUCCUCCACCCUCUUGACUCCCAUGAAUUAAUUGCAUCAUUAAAAAAAGGCAUUUCUCUUUGAGGAAUGUGUUGAACUGCAGCACAUUUUAGCAAUGCUAUGUAGUCCUGGUUUCCUGCAUUUCAAGCCCACUACAAGCACCAACUGGAAUUUCACCUCUAUUCUACCGUUAAGAGUGCCCUGUUCUGUUAAAUUCUUCUGAGGUAGUCUUAGGUUUUUGUUAUCCCCACCCUCUCCCAGCUGCAUUUCUCCAAUUAAAUUGCAACACUGAUGUGGCAAAGGUUUCAGACAGCAAGCUUCAAGGUAGCACAAAGAGCUUCCUCUUUGAAGAAGCACUCUGUGUGACUUGGCAGCUUGCUACUUUAGAAGCAGCUGCUUCCCAGGCACCCCCAAGCUGUGUGUCAUCCGAUUUCCAAACUAAAAGAAGCAUCAGUUGACGGUGAACUCCUUCCUCUCUGCCUUUGCUACCUGAAAGCAACGUCGUCUGUCUCCCCUUUUCUCCCACUCAAUUAUUUCUACCUGCCGUGUUCUCUCUCUCGCAACUCCAGUGCCCCCCCCAUUCUGCUUCUGUUUCUCCAACUCUUCUGACCUGUUCUUUUACUUCCUCUGCUUCUCUUCCCUUUUUCCAUUUCCGCACCUGCUCCUCUCUAGAUCUAUUGAUGCUAUUCCCGACAACCAAAAGUAUAAGCAGUUGCAGAGGGAGCUCUCCCAAGUCCUGACCCAACGCCAGAUGUACAUUCAGCCGGAUAACUAAGCCGGCCCAGGUAUUCCCCCUUGGCCUCCCUCCAGCCUGCAAAGUGCACCACUUGGCACUAAAACAGCACUUAACUUUGGCCGGGCGAAUCCUGCCUUCCAUGAGCGCAUGUUGGGGCACUCUCUGCCCUCACACAAACUAACCCCCUAACCUCUAACUUGAACCAGUUAGAACAUGCUGGGGCCCGUUGUCUCUCUCUCUCUCUCACUGUCCCUUUCUUCCAAAGGCUUGAUUUGUUCUUACUUGCCCACUUGUUUUGGAGUUUCUUGCACCUGGUAUGUUAAAAAUAAAUUGUGUGUGUGUGAUUUUGUUUAUCAGUCUGUGCAUGGGUGGGGAGAGAAACCACGCCAUAAGGGCUGUGUGUACACCAUGCAGAAACGCCAGCAAAUUCUUUGUAAAUGUAACACCACCAUCGCUUAAAAAGUGGAAUUUGGUAACUGUUAGAAAUUCCACAGAAAACCCUAUCAGUUGAUUCGGUGAGGGGGGGCAAGGAGCUGUGUGGGGUGCUGAAACUCCACCUCCUUCAAGCCUCCCUUCCAAGAUUUCAGCAGGCAUUGCUCACAAACGUUUGGGCUUCUCUUACCAGCACUGUGGACUAGAAACAUGGCUUUAUAAAAGUUAAAAUGAAGCCCGCUGUCCUGAAUUCUGCAUACACCACUUAAAUUCAUUUGGGGAUUGUUUUUUAUUCUUUUGGACUUUUGCAGAAUACAGAUUUAGUUGCAGGUUGCUGCUGAACUAUUCCCCCUUUUUCUUGAGGUCUAGGCACUUGUUUUCACUCUUUCCCCACUUUUUAAAACGGAAGCUGGAUUCUGCUGGCUGUUCUGCAGCACCACAGACGGUGGCAAUAAUCCACAGAGCUUUGGGAUUGAGGCUCAACAGGGAAAACAGGGAAAGUAGAAAAGCCAAGGUCUGACUGAUGGCCAUUUCUUCCUUCCCCUGACUCUUGUCAGGAACAAUACAAUUCACCAAAGAGUCCCAGCCCAAAUCAAAUACUGUUCAGUCUCAUCCCCACUGUCUUAAAGGGAAAAAAGAAUUGCUCUUCUGAAUUCUAACUGCUUAGGCUGCAUGGCAGUGACUAACCUCAGGCCGGCUUAACCUUCCACGAGUUAAGCUCCUAACAUGCCACAGAAACCCUUGAGCCAUGUCAAGGGAGAUGCCUUGCUUGUUUUGAUGGCAGCUGGGAAGAAAAUUUCCCUUCUCUUUCAGGAACACUGCUGAAAAAUGUGUGUGGGUUUGAUUUUGUCUACUAAAGUGAUAGAUAGAUAGAUAGAUAGAUAGAUAGAACGGACAAAGUAGUUUUCCAGUAGAGUUGUGGAAACCUAAGGAGGUGUGAAAUAAUGGCCAACUGCUCCUUCACUGCUAGGAUAUGGGGCCAGUUUUUGGAGGGGAUCAGUCUGCCAGCAGUGAUGGUGCCAUGGAACCUCCACAUUCAGCGUUAGUCUAUCUGAGUAACAGAGGCAUGACAGUAGAUGAGAGGGCUGUUGCUUUCUCCCCCAGCCAGCACGGGCUCAUGCAACCUACUAGCCUCUUCAGUCAGUCUGUCACGAAAUUUAUAUACAGCUCAAUUACUAAACAACACCUCAGAGCAGUUUACAAAAAGGAAGGUUUACAAGAGAAUCGCUUGGAAAAAAUUGAUCCUUCGGACUAUGACUUUCAACUACUUUUUAAGACACUUGGCAGUCAUUGCACAGUGAUGUAAAUUAAUCCAGAAUGCAUACAGCAGUUGGGAAGAGGCCUCAACAGAUUUCAGGGAGAUGUCACAAUUAGCAAGGAACCUGUGGAAUGCCAGAAGAGUCAUCUUCCAGAAAAGAGCUCUUAGCAGGCUCAUAACUAUAUAACGUAUAAGUUUCUGCCUCUUCUCUCCCCAAAAACGCAAAUCCAAGGCCCCUUCCCAAUCAGCCACUCUGCAAUCUUCGUUUUUAACCCUCUGGCUCUCUCCCUCCAGGUCUGUGCAGACUUUUGCGGACAAAUCAAAGCAAGAAGCUCUGAAGAUCGACCUGGUGGAGGCUUUGAAGAAGAAGCAGCAAAGCUAAAACGAAAACGAAGAAAACCCGCUCCGUUGACGAUGCUAACGAGACAUGCCAUGCUCUCAUUAGAUUCCUUUUUCUUAGAGAACUUUUCCCCCUCUCCCUUUCUCCUCUCCCCCACCACCCGCCUGCCACUAUUUUUUCUGUCUGCGUCUCCAUCACAUCAUGCCCACGUACAAAGUGCUGUCUCAAGUCCCACCCCCUCCCUAACCCCACCCCGGAUGAAUAAAGCUGUAUAAACUUUCAUCAGUCUCUCUCUCUCUCUUGGCUUAAUUUGCACCAUAUUUUUUUUAAUUCUCAAGACUUUGCGGAGCGCAUUUCUGUAGAGAGAAAAAGAUCCAUGGGAGGAGGGGUGUUUAUUUCGUUGCCCUGUUUUUUUUUCCUGGCCCCCACCCCACCAUCUAUAUGCAUAAAAUCACCAGGCCAUUCUGUUAGUCUUACCCUCCCUCCCUCCUUCCUUCCGUCCCCCUCCCCUCCCUCUGCUUUUUUCUUUUCAUCUUUUGUUACAUUGGUGUAAAAAAUGUAAAACAAAACAAACAACAAAAAAACUUUAUUAUAUACUGUGGUGUGUGAAAGAGGAAAACGAAAAACUGGAAAAGAAAUUGUUCCAUGUAUGUUUGGGGGUGGGGGGCUGUGCGGGAGGGGGGGUGCAGAAGGCUGAAGUAAACUCUCUCCCACCCACCCCCCGACUUUUUGAGCUGUGAGGAAUUUUGCUGAGUUGGUGAUGGCUGCAAGAUGUUCUUUCUUAAUGGGGACAGUGAGGUGCUUUCUCUCUCCCCCGCCCCCAAAUCCCUUCUCUUGUUUUGAUUUCUAUGGAAUGCAGAAAAUUUUUUAAACCCACCCCUCCCCGGUUAUUUUUAUUUUAUUUGUAAUGCUUAAAUCGGAAUCUACAUCUUAUACUUGAGCCUCCAUACUUAAAAAUAAAAAAUAAAAUAAACCACAAAAAAAUGUGAAAA